AUGGGUGAGAUCGGAAUAAUGGUUUCGCGGGUGCAGCAGGAAGGGUUUGAUUUGGAAGACAUGAUCGACGAGGAAUUGAGGGCAGCAGGAUUUUUGGAACUUUGUGAACGGUGAGUGUAAAUUCUUGACUGUUUUUUUUUCCUUUAAACCUCCCAUUCUAUUAAUUUACCGUCUUGUGUGCUUUCUCUCUUGACCUGCUAUAUCUUGGUCUGGAGAAACCUUCGCAAAGUUUCCCUGGUUUUGUAGCGUGGACGAAUGACAAGUGUGCCUUCUUUGUUUACAUGUCUAGCAUGUAUUGCUGUCCGGACUAUUGCAUAUAAGUGGAAUCAACAGGUUGAUGUUUUGGUUAAAUUGCGUUAUUUUUGCCCUACUAAGUCUUUCCUAACUUGAAGAAUAAGCAUGAUCUUUUUUUAAGUUAUCUCAUACAUGUAUGGCUUACAUCUCUAUUAAUGUAAGCUUAAGCUGAAACUUACCUGUCAAAAUUAUAUACAGCUAAAUGAAAAAACGUUGCUUUGGUAAUUGGUCAUUGGUAAUUCGGCGUUGGACAUUUGGGCAUAUGGAACAAUGCAAUGAUUUGCUAGAGUGAUCACCAAACAAUAGCUUCCUAAUGUGCAAUUCCCAAUGUCCAAAGCAACCUUUCUUGAAUCAGCUAUAAUACAAUCUCUUACCUUGUAUUUUGGAUGAUAUACGCAAAUGAACGUCAAAUGCAGGGGUAGCUACUAUCACUCUGGGUUAACAAAGACCUUACAAUUUUUAAGUGGUUUACAAUUCCUGUUAGCACAGAAAAAUAGCUAGUGUGUGAUAUCCAUGUAUGUGUUGGCACUCACUUUUACCAUCUAUGUUUAAUUUAACCCUUUCACCACCAGCUAUUCUGAAUAAAAAGUGUCCAGGACACUGGCAUUAUGGGAACUGGCAAUUUUGCAGGAAAAAAAUGGCAUAGAAGGUUUUGAAAUGAAACUUGCACAGGAUGCAAAGAAAAUCAUUUUUAUAGCUUGCCAUUCGGGCAAGCUGAAGCUAGCCCCAAAACCUUCUUGACUUGCAGAAUUGAUUUCACAGUUCUUCUUAUUCGAUUCCCUCAAAAAAGAUCACUUGCCAUCGGGCAAGUUAAAAACAGCAUUCACUAGCCUGAUAGCAAAAUCCACUAGCCCUGGGCUAUCGACACUACUUUCUUUGCACGCUACUUGCAUGUACUGCAAACCUUGUAUGUAAUAAAGAAAUGCAUCAUUACAAUGAGAAUUUUACAGGAAACAAAGAAACCAAAACAGUGAUAUUUAUUUCAUUGAAAAUAUUCCCAAAACCAACAAAAGUGCUGCACAUGUCUUGCAGGGUUCGAAAUUAACGGUUGUCCGGUUGUCCCGGACAACCAAAAUUACGAUGGGGCAACCAAAUUGUGCUAAGUGGUUGCCCCCUUGGGCAACCCAAUCUGUCGUGGCACUAAUCCAUAAUGAAGACUUGAUAGAUUUGAAUAAAUAUAACAGCUUGUUGUCUUUGGAGAGUAAGCGAUACCUAAACUAAGUUAGUGGAAAGAAAAAAAAAACGCGGAAGAAAUACUAAAGUAUCACGUACACUACCGUUGGAAACCGAGGUUCGUUUUUGCACAACAAUCUUAUUUGAAUGAGCCUGUUGUGCUUUAAUCAGCGGUUGGUACCAGUAAACACAGUCCAUGAUACACUAGUGAGAUUCGCUCCGUGAUGCCGCCAUGUUUGUUUCGACGAUGGCAAUUUACCAUUCGUCUUAUUAUUACCGUAAUCAUGUUAGUUAACAUGAGCCUCUUUCGCUACUUCGGCCGUGAGAAAGUGAAGGCCGUUGGCGAUAACAACAAUUUGGAAGCCACGAAGAAAGAUGAUGAUCAAAGCAAUGCUACGGCGACGGGUGUCGCAAAAUCUACAGCAGAAUUAGGCAAGGCGCAAGAAAGUUCAAGAAAAAGGUGUCGUACAUUGCAAGAGACGUGGAAGACUAGAAGACCCUGGCUGAAAUUUGACGAGAAAGAAAACGCUAUGUUUUGCAGUUAUUGCAGACAGUUUUCGAAAGAUAAAUCUGCCUUUGGGAGCGAAAAAGGUAACAACAGUUUUCGUCUUGAUGGGAUCAAAAAACAUGAAAUAAGUGAGGCGCAUAAGACAGCUAGCUGUAUUAGUUUCUUGGCUUGAACUGGGGCAAGAGCUUGGACAACCAAAAUAUUCUAUGGGCAACCAAACCAAGUCUUGUGGUUGCCCCAGGGGCAACUGGACAUAAAAGUAAAUUUCGAACCCUGUCUUGCUGCACAAUGUUAAAUUUAUCUUAAAAGCAUCGCUGUAGUAGUCAAGAGACCAUCUUUUUGUUUAUGGUUCACCAGCUUCAAAUGUCUUUUACGGCUUCAGCAAUCAUCGAUUGUACUGUUGUGAAGAAACAGCUGUAUAUUCCUUCAUCUCUCCCAAAUCAUGAGAAAAUUUACUUUCAAAAUCAGUCAGUCUGGAGAAUGUACAUUUAGUUUUUGGGGCUAAACUAUCCCCUCUAUCUUUUAAAAAAUCCAAUGCCAUGCCAUUUCAAAAUUUCACAGGACUACAAGAACUCUUUUACAGAGGGCAGCAGCUGUUGAAGGUCAGUGUGUUUUCUUGUCUGGAUCUGUUAUAGGUUUGAUUUAUUACAACUUAUUUACAUAUAAAAAUGGCAGCACAACUAUCACUCAGAUGAAUUAUGUACUGUAGGAAGUAGACAAACUUGAGACUCAAGACUUGUUUCUUGAUUCUCAAAAUUUUGGAGAAUCAAGUUGGUAGCCUCAAGACAAGAUUUUUGAGAUUUGAGACCAACGUUUGAGUUGAAAAAAUGUAAUGAGCUCGUCACUUCACUGAUCUCUUGAGAAACAAAUUCCUCAAAGAGACUUCACUCUUUGACUUUCUUUGUCGAGGUCAAAGAAGCACAAGUACGCAAUCAUUGGGAUGAAUAUCUUAUGCAUCUGUCUCCCUUACCUUCACAAUAAAACAAAUAAUAGUAAAAUUUAAAAUGUACAUGUAUUAGCAUGGGAAGAGUUAGUCGUAGAGCUGGCAAAGUGUACUACUCAUUCUGCACAAGCUUUUGAAACAAAAACAUCAAGCUUGCUUGUUGAAACUUCUGUCUUGAAACUCGUUGUUUGUCUUUUGACAUGUAACAAUCAAGUUUUGAGGAUUGAUUGGUACACUUCCAUCUACAGCUGUGGUUACAGUGGAACCUUGACUUAACAAACCUCCAUGUAGUUUUUCAGUAUGACAAACCAUUUUCUUUCUCCCAGUCAUAGUAAAAUGUAUGGCAAAAAACCUUGAUAUACAUGUAACAAGACAUCAUUAUGGCAAACAAAUUUUCCCAGUCCCUUGGCCCUUUAUUAUGUCAAAGUUCCACUGUAUUGAACGGGUACUCAAAGAAUGCUCCAAGUGACUUUUGAUAAACUGCUAGAUUCUCCUUUUAAUUUGCCUUGUACAUAUGUAUGUGCUUCUAAAUUAAAACGAGAAUGUGACAUUGGAUCAGGAGUCCUCUCCUGAAAUUGUCUUGAUGGUGGCUGUUGUGUAGUGGUAAACAACUGUUUUAUUCUCAUUGGUUUGAAUUUAUCUUUUGCUACUACAUGUAGAAAGCCAUUCUGCUUUAAGAAGCCUGCUAGACUCAAUUGAUUCAAAGCUGAAAGAAGUUCAAGGAAAUCUAACCAAAGGUGCAGCAAAAGAAGGUAGUAACAGGUGAGGAAUGGCAAAAUCUUGAUCCAGUAUUUUGGGCAAGGGAGUAAAACACACAAAAUCAACUUUUGAUUCUUAUUGCAUACGCUAAUAUCAGGGUUUAAGCUGUGAUUUUUAUAAAUCCAUCUCUCAAGCUAGCAAGUUUUGGAGCCAAGUUGUAGAGAAAUCAUCUUUUUCUCCUGCAAUAAGGCAUCCACAGGACACCAAGAUGCCCAGUUGGCUAAAACAUGAAGUAACAUGUCAGAUACAUUUUUGUUUGUAAGAGCUAUGGAGUAUUUCAAACAAGCUAGCUUGUCGUAUAAGGUCAGGUUUUCUCUUGGAUAAUUUAUCACCUUGGUAGUUGCCUUGCAUUGUGUGCAUCAUCCCCUGGUGAUCUGUGUUCAUGCUGACAUGACUUCACGCCUGUUAUCAGCAUAUGUGAAUUGCCUCUAGUGCUGAUUGUGACUGUCUAUGUAUAGAGUGUAGAUGUUCCCAGAAAACACCAAAUCAUAUCCUAGCAAAGUUGUAAGGGGGCGGCGGGAGAGGGGGAUGCCCCCAGCCUAUCACUCUCCCUUCACCCUCCACCACAGCCAGGUCCCCAAGUUGUCUCCUUUUCUUUUAAGACACAGGCCAUUAAUAGAGUUUCACAAUUGUAAGCAGGAUGACCAGGCAGCUAGCAAGGACCUAAAUUUGUGUGGUAAACCAGUGAAUAUUAUUGAAUUUAUUACUAACCUACACUGUACAUGUAAGUGUUGAUUAGGCAGCAAAUAUUCCACCGAAAGCAGCAAAUUUGUCAGCUGCUGGCUAAUUUUGACUGGGCUGAAAACUUCCUGAGAAGGCUGAGUUAACAAGUUCUACUGUACAUGCAGUUGAUCUUGUCUCAGUUUUCUUUUUUUUUUCUGUCUGUUCUCUCAAUGCUGGUUGUGUAGUUUGUCAGGAAAAGAAAAUGGAGAAGCUCCUGCAAUCAGCAAGGAUAAACAAGACAAACCCGAACCCAAAGCACCAGUUAUUAUUAUUGAUGAUGAUGAGGCAGAAUAUGUUGAUGUUGCUGAUAUGUCAUGCCAGGCUACAUUUGAAGACAUUGCAAGUGAAACUCAGGCAAGCCAGGAAAAAACGGACAAGACAGGGGACAAAAGUCGGAAUGAUAACUACGUUCCGCAACCACAAACAGCAAAUACAGACACUUUGUUAAAACAUACCUGCACUUCUGCGGCUGUGUCAACGCAGCAGUCAAAUGCAAUAAAGACUGUUCCAGUAUCUAAACCUCCACUUCCUACCACAUCUAAACAAUCAGACAUUGCCCUGCAUUCUGUAAGCAGUGCAGGGAAAACCCCGCCUGUUAUUUAUAGAACAUUAAAGUCGCCUGUCACAAGUGGUGCACCGCUGUUAUCACAGCGUGUAGCAUUAAAAUCAUCACCUCCAUCGCUUCCUGUUCAGCAAGCAGUACCAAGUGUUAAACCCUCUGGCACUAGUGGAUCUACGUCUUCACUUGUGUCUCCUAGGGAAGUCAGGUAUGGUUUUUGUUUGUGAUGUUAACCUUGUCACUUCCAGAUUGAGGGAAAAAAGUCCAAAUUCAACAAAAUUUCCCAAUUCAAUUUUGUAAAAUGCCGAGAAAUAAUUGGUACCAACUGAAAGUACCGUAUUUCCUCGAAUAAUAGCAGAGGUGGGGGGGGGGGUUAAUUUUUUUGCACCAAAAGGGGGCGAUCAUUCAAAGGAAGGCAAUUAUUUGAUGGAGGCGAUUUUUUCAAAAUUUAAUACAUGUACACCGUCAUGUAUUGCUCAAAUACAUGAAUUGCUGGAAGUUGUGGACUAACUAUUUUGCUUUAUUAUCCUGUUACUUAUCAAAAAUAAUCACAUCAAAUAAACUAAACAUGGGCUUUUUGAGUGUCCAAAUUUGUUUCCUUGAUAAAUUUUCAAUUUCAAUAUCCUCGAUGUCAGAGCUUGAGUCACCACUGAUCACUUUUUUAACUUUUCAGUUGUAAACAAUCAGUAAAUGAAAGCUUGUUUGUUAUCCUAGGUGUCAAGUUUACCUUGACGGGGAGGGAAUAAAAAAGAGGAGAAGAUAGCAAAAGGGGUGGGGGCGAUUAUUCGAGGGAGGCAAUUAUUUUGAAUUGUUCCAUUAAAAGGGAGACAAUUAAUUGAGGGAUGGCUAUUAUUCAGGGAAAUACGGUACUGAGAAAGAAGUUUCGUUUGAAUGGUCACGUCAUAGGUUUCUGUCCAAAGACCUAAAAGUUACAACAAUCAUAACAGAUUGUUUUUUUUCUAAUCAAGUUAGAAUUGGAAGUGUUGGUUGUUGAGGAAAGGGUAAAAUCAGGGUACAGUAAGUGUUGUACCUAGAGAAUAGCCUUUUAGAAGAAGGGAGAGAACCAACAAAUAACUUCUUUGGAAACUUUGAGAUUCUUGGGAAGCAAAAGUACUUUGUACAUUUAUUGGACACAUAGUUGACCACUACAUGUACAUGUAAGUGCUAAUUUAAUAAUGAUAACAAUUGUACUUUAUUUUAUUAACUUUCAGGCCAAGUAGUGCACCUUCUGUGACUUCUACAUCCAAACAAACAUCUUCUUUCUCUCUUUCCACUGCAUCUCAACCUUUACCAUCAUCUGCCAGUAAACCUGCCCCAGAAAAAGAGAUGGCGUAUGUAUUUAUACCAUUUUUACAGAAUAUUUGCUUCUUUGUUCUUAGAGUACACAUGAUACAUUUUGUCUUUGUUUUAGUUGUCGGUAUUUUACUGCUAUUAUCCUGGCCAAAGACAUUUUGAUGCUUAAUUUGCAGAUACCUUACUUAAAGAAGCACUCAUUUGAUAAGGACAGUCAACCCUUCAAGUUAAAGUUUUUGCCUAGUCGCCAUUUGGCGACCAACUCUUUUGGUUUAGGGAGACUUUUUUACAAAUCAAAUCGCCAGCUUCAAAAUUCUAGGCACCAUGGCGACCAAAAUGGUCGCAACUUGGAGGGUUGACAGUACAGUAUGUUUAUAGUGCACCCUCCUUUCCUCUGAAUGAUGAAGAGUUUAUGGUGUCUUUCUGACACAAAAGACACAUACAAAGUAACUGUUUUGUUACAAUUAUUUUGUGUGUCCCCAUGGAUCUGUAACCAUGAACUUCUAGGAGUCAAUUGAUUGCAGAAGAUUCUCCACCUUUCAAUGGUGGAAGGUGGUUUUCAUAUGCACUGACACUUCAUCAUAUUUCUUCAGAAUUUGUAAUACUUUGGUAAAUGUAUGCAAAUGCUAUUGAAAUUUAAAGUGGCUCUUUUCUUCUCAGUGAAUGCUGAAUGAUAAAAAGAUAAAUGAUAAAAUAAUGAUAAACUUCGGCCUGCAGUUCUAGGCUAAGGAAAAACAUGGAUCCAUAGGUGUACUGUUUUCUUGUUGCACAAAUGCUUCAAACAAGAAUUUUUUUUAAUAAGAAUUUGUUUAUAAUGAAUUAAUAGUUAACAGUACUGCUACUUGUAUCAGUCCCCCUGCAGGGCCUCCCAAGUUUGAAAUUGGUACUCGAGUUGUAGGACAACGGUCAGAUGAGCUGUGGUAUCCAGGUAUGCCAUCACCAUAAAAAAAAUUUUAUCAUAAUUAUUACCUGUAUACUAUACCACUUAAUGACAAUGCCUUAAAUAACAAACAUUACUCCAUAAACUAACUGCUAAAUCAAUUAUUAAUAUAAGCAUCAGCAACUAUGACUGAUAACCUUGGCCUGCGAAAACAGCUGUUUCUCCUUGCUCCUCGCCGUUUGGGACAUUUUGCCAGAGGAGACGUCUGCGUGUCAGCAACAGAAAUGCUGUACUGAUAAUGUAAAUUAACCCAUUCGCCCCUGAACCGCCCGUAACCACCCGUGCGGAUCCAGGUCCUUUCUACCCUUUGUGACAUCAUCAGUUUUAACGGUCAAGGACAACUUUCUUCGCUAACUUGUGCAGAGUGAAGAGAUCUUUCAAACCAUGCCAGAAUGAGCACAAUUCAGUCAAGGACACCCGAGAAAGAAGCAAAAAACCACAUGACAAGGACCUGAAAAUCUCCAUGAAAAUCUUGUUCCAUUACCCACCUACCUUUCCUUUCACCUAAUCCUAAGAUCCUAAAAGCUUUCCUAAAAACUCUUCCCACCAAAAUGAAGCCUACUAAAUGCCCAGCAAGAGAAAAAAAAAAUGAGGCAAGAAAAGCGAAAAAAGAAGGGAGGAGAGAAAGCGAAAAGUAAAAGUCAAGACUGCUGUGUCACUUUUAAACCCAAAAACUAUGUCGAAAUUUUGCUUUCUGCGCAUGCCCGAACUUCGCAAGCUGAUAUUUUGCAUCUGGAUCAGAAGGCCGCCAAGUGUACGACCUGUAAACCGGUUUGUGGUAAGUUCUAGCUCUUUAUAGCACGACAGUGACCAGAAAACCACUCGACUAGCUUCAAAACGCGUUUUUCGGCAAAAUCUCCAGGAGCGAAUGGGUUAAUGUUUAUAUUGAUCAUUAAUCCAGUCAUCAAGAGGCUCCAAAUGCAAAUUUGUUCGAUUUUAUGUUUCUUCUGGUCAAUUUUGGUAAAGGCUUGUGUUCAUCUGCUAAUGAACUCCAGCAAAUUUCAAAUGGUUUUUCUAGAGAAGAAUACAUUCCACGAAAAGCAGCUGUUUUGUGAUAGAUUCAUCGCGUUUACAUUUGAACUUUGUGGCGUCUUGUCUUUUGUCUGUCAUUUGUAAACAAUAUGCUGUAGCUAAAACAAUAUAACAACUACAUCAACCAAUUAGAGCUCCUGACCAGAUCCCAGACAGAUUCUACUUCAUCAGUGUGGAAAUUCUGUCGCUGACAUCUCUCCCAGCAAAACAUCGGAAAUGUCGAGGAGCAAGGAGAAAUGGCUGUUUUCGCAGGCUAUUGUAACUAUAACAAUAUUAUUAGUUCUUACAUUUUAAUAUAUUAUAUUAAAACUUAAGAAAUAAAAAUUUAUCUGUAGUUACGUGUAUCGAUCAUAGUUGCUGGUGCUUGUAUCCAAAGGUUUCACUGGUGUUAUUGUGUCUGUUUUGAGAAGGCCCUGUUUUCAUUACUUCUUAAUAAGGAGUUUACUGAAGAACCAAUACCUUUCUUAUUUCUGUUAUUUUAUUUUGUCUACAUUUAAUCGCUGUUUUUUCUUCUUCUUCUUCUCUUCCUUCCUCUUCCUUCUUCUUCUUCCUAAAGGUGUCAUAGAAAAGAUAUCCUUCCAUAAUUUUUUUUUUUUUCUUUUUCUUUCUUUCUUCAUUAAUACAAAGGAAAGUAAAAGAACAAAUAAUAAAUAAAAUGAUAUUAACAAAACAAAAAAUAAAAAUGAAAAGUAUUAGUUGUUUGCAUAUUUAAUAUUGUUUACACAAUUUUAAAAUUAUUCAAAAAGAUAAUGUAAAAUUCCUCUAAAUUAGGUUUCGUUGUUUGCAUAAUAUGUACAUUUAAAAUUAUUCAGCCAGAUAAUGUACAUGUACCACAUGUAUAAUUAUGUUGCAGGUUAUUUUUUAUUCCAGUGAAUUUUUAUUUUGCCAUUGUUUCAAAUUCAUUUUCAUGCUUUACCAUUCCCAAAAACAAUUUGGAACAAUAAAAACUAUCUGAGAUAAAAAAAAUUAUCUACAAUGUAUACAUCAGGCUGGUUUAAAAAGAUACGAGUUGUUCUCACAGUUGGGUAUCAGUAAAAGGCUACAUAGAAUGAGAUGUUGUUGAGAUUAAGGUAAUUUUCCUUUGGAAAAAAUCUUUCUGGAUUUGUGCAAUGUGACCUUAAGUGCAUUGUGCAAAGAAACAAGACCAUGCAAGGUCAAAGAGUUUCCUUGUAAUCAUUUCAUCAUUUACAAUCUGAAAGAAAAAAAUUCUUUUCUUUCUUCUGUUGUACAGAUUACUUGGGUUUGUCAUUAUGGCCUUGAUUUUCUAGAAAAUUAAAUGUAAAUCUGGACAAUCUUUGUUAACUGAACUUGAGUUCACAUCGCAAACUUACAGGGCUGUGCAAAGAAUGGUUUUACAGCUUGUCAUUUGGUAAGCUGUAGCUGGUAUGUACCAGCCAAAACAUCAUUUCAACUUCCUCCCUCCCCCCACCCCCAAAACAAAAUCUUAUGAACAUUGAUUACAGCUCUUCUGUAUUUUGAAUUCCCCAAAAGACUUCACUUGCCCCCUGGGAAAGUCAAGAACAGAAUUCACAAGCCCAAUAGCAAAAUCCACCAGCCCCGGCUUUCAGACACUAAUUUCUUUGCAAGCUGAAACUUCAUGUUAAUUAUCAGGUCAAAAGGGAAAAAAGGUAAGGGUAGCGAGCAGAAAACUGCCCGAUGGGCUUUAAAAAGUGUCUCUCAGCAAAUUAAAAUUUUCUGGGCAAAAUGAGUAAAUAUCUUUCUCUCCCUAAAACAGGGUGGCAAUAUCACAAGGUUAAUUAAUGGGGGAAUUCUUAAUUGAUUAUUUACAGCAUGCCAUAUUUUAGAAACAAUCCUGUGUAAAAUUUUAUUUUUGUAGCAGAAGGUCAAGUACAAAGUAAAGUUUGACAAAGGAGCAAGAGGCCUCUUGUCAUCCAACCAAGUCUCACUGGAGUCUAAUCCACAUCCUUCAUGGCUGAAUGUUGGUAGUCGUGUUGUAGGUAUGUGCUUUGUUCUCUCCUGUCUGUGCCAAUAUAUGUACAGUCUGUACAGUGUUAUGCUGGACAUGGGUUAAGUAUGACAGAGCUUAAGCAUCUGAAGGAAAGCUUAUAGUUUGUAGUCUUAAGAAUUCCUGCUUGCAGAAGGAGGACUGGCACUGCACCUUUUUGCAAUUUAAAGGGUGUGGGUUCUUUUGAGAUUAAUUACUUGAGUUUGUGGUCAAAACAGGGCAUGUACUGUUGGCAAAGCUCUACUACUCAGAUUGACUACUUAAGCAGGGCUGUCUCUAAGAUUUCAAGUAGUCAGGUAUAUGUAAUAACUGCAGGAAUUGAAUGGCUAGGAAAUUCUGUUGGCUCUAUUUUCCUGUUUGUUCCUAUGACAUUGGCUGAGGGUAAGACUCAUAAUAGUCAGCGGAAAUCCCAACCCCAGUGCUUACAAUGUCAGUCCUGCUGUAGCAAAGCAUUCUAAAAUAGAGACUCCCUCACCUUCUCUCUAAUAAGACGUGUAAAAAAGUGAUAUUUGGUGCAGCUCCAGAUGCACAGAGCACCUUCUUUAGCCACUUGGGGAAACAGUCUUCAUUCCAGUCUUCAUUUUUACUCAUUAAACAUCGUGCAGUGAUCUACAAAAGGAUAUUCACAGUCAACGGCAAAAUGAAGUAAAUAAUAAGGCCUACAUACAGAAUCUCUGAAACAGGGCCUUAUAAUUUCACACCAACAGGGCUGACAAUAAGGGCUGGUAGCUGGCCAAAACCGCCGGCUAGUUAGCCAUCCUUAGCUGGCUACUUUCAUCUGCUCCUACCAUAACUGAUAACAAAAAAUAAGCACCAACCGAUAUUAUUGUAAAGCAUCUGUUUUCCAGUUUUGAAUGACAUCGAACCCAUACUUAAACAUAAUAUUGGAACCAUGCGAUUUCGUGGAAUGCCUGGGACAUUUCAAUGGCAUGUGUGUAUUCUGAGAAAACCAGAUGGCAUCCACAGUGGAAAAUACUUCUUGAAAACCCCUGGAAAUGCCAUUUUUGAGACCUUAAAUUUCAAAAUGUCCCUAGAUGCCUUGGUCCUCAAGAACUUGUGCCUUUGGUACAAGUUCCAAAGCCGCCUUUUAUUCAUUAUCAACCUGCUACUUAAAAACUUUUUGACAGCCCUGACCAAUAAUAAUAAUUUUGUCUGUAACUUGCAAUAGUUAUGUUUUAUUCAAUAACGUGAAAGAAGUAUGUACAGCUGUACAUGCACACUAUAAGUUACAUUUUGUACUUUACAGUCUAGUCAUACACAGCUCCAAGUAAAAAAGUUAUUCAUCAUUCUUUGACUGUGUGAUAAUUUUAGAUGCUUUCCAGACACUGCACAACUAUUUAGGUUACUAUUAUAAUAAUUGAAAGCUUUGUUUGAAAUCUUAAGCAAACAUGUUCACUUGACACAAGGCUUGCACUUACAAUUAGCUGCUAAAUUCUUGUUUUUUCUGAGCACAUGUAAUCUAUUUUAAGUUGCUAACAGUAAUGACCUAACAAUGUUUGCAUGUGCUUAUUGGUGAAGUGAUCUGAACACUCCUUGAUACAGUCUCUUCAUCUGAUUUCUGCCUCUGAGUAAUAAUUACAUAGGUAAAUUGUAAGCUAACCUAACCCUAAAGUUAAAUAUUAAUUGCAUAUAAUUAAAACAAUAAGUUGAUUUUCAUGAUUGUCAUUAAAUUUAGAGCUUGAUUGAUGCCUGCUCCCCACUUUUUUCCAUUAGCCUUAAGGCCUAGGGACACAGCUGAAGAGAACGCAUCUUGGCGGAAACCUUCUACAGGUUAAUUUUGACAUUUUUCUUUCUCUUCUUGUUUCCCAAGGCUUUGUCUGCCUGUGUGUUGACUAAAUUAUUUGUUCUCGUCUGCAUGAAAUUGUUGUGGCUUAUUUCUGUUUUGUGUUCUAUAAUCAGUGUAGCCUCAUCUUUCGUUUUCUUGUAAAGAAAAGUAGAACAGUUGAAUAACGUAAUAAACCCUGACAGAUGGUCAUGCAGAAUGCAUUGUGAGGAAACUGGGCAUUAGGCUGGUUUAACCUCCAAAGUUGGUGCGGGCCUCCUAUCUCAAGUCAGCAGUUUUUUUCAAUGUUAAAGACACAGGCCACUGAAUCAAAUGGGAUUGUGUAAGGAUUAUUAUGCAGAAAAACCAGUUUUUGGCGCACAAAAUCCAUGAGGGAAUUGAAACCCUCCCACCCCACCACCAAGUCUACAUUGUACAUAGCAGUCUUGCAGACUUCUCAUGAGUAGCCUCUAUAACUGAGUAGUGUAGGAGCAGCUUGUAAGGUCUCUCAUAAUUGGUCCCAGGAAACAAAGACAUGUCAUUCUUCCAAUUGUUUUAGUAUUCAAGGUAUUGUUUGGGGUCAGGGAAACAGUCACCUUCUCUUCCGAGCAGCUGCUACAUGACAUGUAACUUGUAGAUUCGUUAUUGAGUACACAUGCAAAUGAGCAUUGAUGCUGUAAGAGGAAAGGGAGGUUGAGUUUGUUAAUUUUCUUGCAGCUUUGAUGCUUAUUUGAGCAUGCAUGCUUGCAAAUGAAACUGUUCCUUGUAUGCAGGCUACCGAUGAUGAGUCUAUAAUUAUUUCAAUGAGGGACAUCUACCAUUCAAACAUAAACUUUUGGGAUAGGCUCUGAAAGCUUGGGUAAACUUUCUUUAGUAUAAAUUACUGUUGUAAAAAACGUUUGUUGCCCUCUAAUACAAAAAUAAUAUUUAAGCAUUGUGGGAAUGUUGGCCACAUAUGAUCAUAUGGUAAGUGAAUAUCUUGUAAAGGGCUACAUUAAUGAUCUAAAAUCAGAGGCUUACAUGUAAACCAUACAGUUUUCAGAUAACUACUGUCUGUUGAUGUAUAAUGAUAUUUUUUUUCAACCUCUUUUUAGUAUUGAUUUAUUUCCCCCCAGUUUCUAUCUAGAUUUUAGAAUUUCUUUCUACAAUCUUCUUUUUUUGUAUAUCCAUGAACUGUGGAAAAAUAUGGUUGUGCUACCUGUUUGAAGUGAGGUGCACAGUUGUGUCAACAUGAUGUCCUCUUAUGAUCAUCUUUUGUAAUUAACUGAGGUGCAAAUGAGCGUCAGCAAGGCAUUUUCUUCUAAUCAAUACCCCACAGGCUAAUAAUUCCUAGUAUGCAGUUCAUGUCUGUUGGAUGGCAUGUUUGUUUUGUGAUAAAUUAUUUUGUCUCACAACUGAUUUUGAAGAAGUACCAAUAUGGGUUUAAUAACGGCUAUUGUUUAAGAGUCAGUGAAAAAACUUGUCAUGUUACUGAAGUGGGCAAGGAUUUAGCAGCUAAUGGUUUAGUGCCACUGUGUACGUUGUAACUCAUGCCUUUUAAAGCAGCAUUGUAUGUGCAUGUAAUGAACAUAUUUUUGUGUAAAGUAAAUGUAAGGCUAUGCUUACAGGCAAUUUUACUUGACAUGUAUACUAGAAAACAACCCAAACACAGUGAGAAAGUGUUAUCUCGUUACUGUUGAUUCCAUUUUCUAAACUUGUAUCAUUAAAUUUGUAGGAUUGUAUGGCAAGUUAGAUGUGUUGUAUGCUGGGAUUGUGACAGAGAAUGCUUGUGCUGAAAAUAAGAACAGGUUUCUGGUUUUCUUUGAUGAUGGAUUUGCACAGUAUCUGCCAGUUAAAAAGCUUCACCAUGUUUACCACACAGGUAGGGGUCAACAGAGUCACAUACACUACGCUAUUCAAGGCUGUGCUCUUGAAGCACCCAGUAGUCCCUGGCACCAAACCUUUGCUCCUGGGCGACUAGAAACUCUUGUAUUUUUCAUAGAAAUCAUAAUGCUGGGUGCCCUGGGAGCACUGGGCUUCCUUCAAUUUUUUCUUGGAGUUCAGCUUUGCUAUUGAUAGUUAGCUGAAGAAGAGGAAGAGUACCAAAUGAGGUCUUUGUUGUUUUAGGUGUUGAAUCUUCAGUAAACCCAUUAGAGGUCUUAAGUAUACAGGAUGGUGGGUUGGGGGAAGGCUUGCAUGUCUGGAUGCAUGCAAAGAUAUUGAUUUUGCGUAACACGUUUCAAUACUACAACUACUGUAACUGCUUAUCCCCAUGGGAUGUUGCAUCCUUUAUAAAACAGCGAAAAAAAGAAACCCUGUUCUACUUACUUUGGUGUAAUGAAUGACAUUUGCCCCCAGUUACAGUUAAAUGUACAUUUUGUGGAUUGAUCCAGUCCGUUGGUAGUCAGCAUAGUUGGCAGAAUUUAGCGUGCAUGAGUGCUUUAUUCCACUAGUGCUUCAUUGAUUUGGCGGUAGAACUGCCCAAAAAUGGGCAUGAGCCAAAGUGAAGAUACAAAAACCUUUGAUGGCCUUCCCGAUAUAAAAUGCUACUUGCAUUGGCUCUGCUGCCUGAAGCAAACAUACACUUUAAUCCUGCCUGAUAUACCGUAAAAUUCUGAAAAUAAAUCCCGAGGCUUAUAUUUUUCGAAGGCCCUUUUCGAGGUUCUUAUUUUUGGAGGGGCUUAUCUACGGAGGGAAAUUUGCGUUUCAAAAUCUAUUGGGCUAGCCUUAUAGUUGGAAGUAAAUUUGCUGUUUUUGCUUUGUUUUACUUUGUAUUUGAGGGCAAUUUUUUAAGUACAAGCUCCUGGAGGGCUUUUUGGAGGGGCGAUUUAAUGGAGUUUUUUUUUUGUUAGCGGUUUGGAGGGCUUAUAUUUGGAGGGGCUUAUUUUCGGAAUCCUGUGGUAUUAGUCAGUCCCUGGACACUUUUUCUUUGGGGCUCCCAUUAUACUUUCACUAUCAUAAAACAGGUUUGGAAGGGUAACAUUAUCUACAUGUACAAUGACAUCCUCAUCAUGGUGUAACGGCAUGGAUUGGAUUGUGUUCAGUUUUCACAAUCUACAAUUUUAUAUUAUUUUUUUAGGAAAGAAAGCUUGGGAUGAUGUUGCUGAACAUUCCAAGGAGUUCAUACAGGAAUAUCUUGAAGAAUUCCCCAAUGUAAGUUUGCAGCUUCACUGCCAUUUAACCUUUUUCAAUUCAAAUGUAUGAUAAGCUCACUCCACCUAGCUUAUAGAAUGUGGGCUCGCAGCAGAGGGAAAUGUACAGUGUAAGGCCAAACUGAAACAUGAGUUGUUUGCUAUUUAAAUGUACCCAGACAAUGCAUUCAGUUCACUGGUUACAUUUUGGGAGUUGCAAAUAUGAAAUAUGCAAAUAUUAUGGUCUCACCUCCAGAAGGUGAUCUUAAACUGUCAUAAAUGAGUAAAUCCUCCUUUAAUAAAAUUUAUAUUGAUACUUAAAAAAGUAAAAGGCAUUUUUUUCUUGCUUCAUGCCUGUUACUCUGGAAGUGAAAACUAUGAAUGGUCCUGGUCAUUGUUAAUCCUGUUGUUUGAGUUGUGAUAUAAAAGUUUCAUUUUGAUUUCUUCUCUUUUAACAGCGUCCAAUGGUAAAGCUUAAAGUUAGUCAGUGGGUGAAGACUGAGUGGAGAGGCCAAUGGUAAAAAAAAACAUAGCAUUAAACGAUAAUAUUAUUCUUUGGAAUCAAGGCAAACAGUUUCAAAAUUUUUUCUGAGCCACAGAGCCAUGAGAUAGUUGUUACUAAAGCCUCUACCAAAAUGUAAGAAAAUAUCUGUUUUAGUAUAUCUGAAUGGUCUCAGAAAAGAAGCCAUUAAAAGUUAAUUUGAAUGACUGUUCAGGUCAUGCCUGUAAAAGUUGGCUGGUUAACAGCACAUGUGCAAAUGGUAGAUUUUUAGUCAGAAGUUUAAGGGAGUGAAUAAAUUGCUCAAAACCCCAAGAUAACCAACGUUUGUAAAUACUGAGUUACUACAUGAACUACAGAAUCGACUAUGGUGAAUGAUAUACAGAUAUAUGCUGGAAAUUGAAGGAAAUUUUUGUUUCAAAAUCCCUCAGCUAACUUAUAUUGGAAGAAAAACGGAGAUGGCAAUUUUUCAGCGUAUGAAUCUUGUACAAUGAAAAAAUUGCUGACUCAGUUUUUCCUCUCAUAUAAGCUAGCCACGGAAUUUUGAAAUCCAAAUUGCCUUGCUAUAAUAAGCCCCCAAGUACAACUAAGGCCUGAUGUCUGCAAUGUCUAAUCAAAAUUAAUGUCUCCAAACCUCUCUCUCUUUUCUCUUAGGCUGAAAGCAAAAGUUAUGCAGCUGGACUGCAGUUUGGUCAAGGUAGGUAGAUUUUACCAAGGAACUAUUCCAAUAAUGUCUGAUCACUGUGUCUACAGUUAAUAAAAUGCUGAAGUUUUACAACAUAAAAGUAAAUUCUGUGACUGUGUCAUGCCUAGUUGUCCAGUUCAGAUUAAUUUCAGAUGCAUGUUCUUUUGUAGAUGUUGUUUCAGAUUGAUAAUCGAUCUGAAUGGCUUUACAGAGGAUCAACACGACUGGAGCCUCUAUACAGUGCCUUGGUGAGAUAUCCAGUAUAAAUUUAACGUUAUAAUAAUAUGUUUGUUGUACUUUUACAGGAUUUUGAUAAAAUGAAUAGCUCACACAUAUAUAAUUACAUUAACUUUUCCAUCAUGCUUCCCAUUAAGAAUUUGAGUAGCAGGAGAAAGGUGUAAUGUCACAGGAGAAAAUUAUAAGUGGGCUCCACGUCUGAAUAAAAAGUAGUCAUAGGCUACCAAACAUAAACUAGAGAAAUCUGCGUAGUAAACGGAGAGUUCUCUCAUCUCCGAUGCCUAAUGAACACCCUGUUCCAUCCCUGCACAGGUUGAAUUUUAACUGUUUCUUAUAUAAUAUACAGUCGACUCUCUCUUAACAGACACCUCUAUAAGACGGACACCUCUGUAAAACGGACACCUAGAGUUGGUCCCUGCCUUUCUUUCCUCUCUCUAUAAGACGGACAUCCCUCUAAGAUGGACAGCUAGUGCUGGUCCCAAAGGUGUCCGUCUUAGAGAGAGUUGACUGUAUCUCUUCAAUGUAACUGACAAUUUUUUUUGAUUUAAUGGUUAAGAUAGUUUCUUUAUGCCGUUUUGUAUAAUUAGGUGGAUGGCAAGAUAUCUACUGCUAGAAAGAAGAGGUCUCGUAAGCUGACAAGAGGUGCUUCAGGAAAGCCCACAGAACCUUUCAUUGACUACAGCAUCACCAAGCCAUGUUUUGGUAUUUCACCAUACAGCAAAACAGACCCAAAGGGUGAGUUACACUUACUAGUUUUAGUCUGUAUGGCAUUUUGUAUGUUUUGGACCAGGGAAGUGUUCUUAACCCUUUAAGUCCCAAUAGUGACCAAUAUCAAAUUUCUCCAAACAGUAUCCAUACACUGUCAAGAGAUAAGUUAUGAGAAUUAAUGAAAUGAUCACCAAAGAGAAAAUGCCUUGAUCUAUUAUCAAAUUUGCUCGACUAAUUCUUUAAGGAAAUGUAUAGAGAUCAGUUUGGAGAAUUUGUAUGUGGAUACUGGGGCUUGAAGGGUUAACCCUGUUAGUCCCAGAAUGGAUCAAAAUCAGUUUUCUCUCAACGAUAUCAUGAAUACAUAAUGCAGAGAAAGGAGAAUUGGUAAAAUGAAAACUUAAGGGAAAAUACUUUGGAAUCUCAACUUAUUCUUUAAGGACAUGUAUGGAGUUCAGUCUGGAGAAUUUGUGUUUAGAUAUUGGGACUCAAAGCACUAACAGAGAGGGUUUUGACUGUAUUUUAGUUCACUAAUGAAAAUUGUCACUAAGAUUUCAAGUUGCCGGGUAAAUACAACAAGUUGGAGGGGAAUCAAACAGCUAAGGGUUUCUUUUGGUUUUAUUUUUCUUCUUUUUCCAUUGAAAGUAGUGGGCGACCACGUUCAUAGUAGCCGGGGGAAAUCCCCGGCCGCCAUCUCUUAAUGACAGCCUUGCUAAUGACUUAAAUUAUGCACUCACUACUAGGUGAACAGCAAAGAAAAUUGGAAGAGAAACGGCAACAAACACAGCUUGAGCAACAACGACAGCUAGAGGUUUGUUGAUGAAGAAAAAGAAUUGUAAUAUUUUCUGCUUAAAUACACUGUAGUUAAGCCCACAUUGUUUCUCAGAACAUAAAAAUUAGAAUUAGAAUUAAAACAAAACUUGACUUAAGUGUUAUGUUUUGCAGGAAGUGGUGCAGUAACUAGUUCACUCCACCUAGCUGUGUAAUACAUGUUAAAAGAAAGCAGGCUGCAUUUUUUGUUGUUAUUGUUGUUACUGGGUUAUCAUAGCGGUGUUUCAUAUGUUUGUGCUUUCUGUGUCAUAAUGUGUACAGGUAGCUACUACCCUGCAGUUUCCUAAAUAUGUGUAUUCAUAUACAUUAUCAAUGGUCUCCUCACCUCCAUUCAGAUACUGAUUUUAAUUGCAGCUGAACUAAAUUCAGAAGGAGAAAAAUGCUCAUUUCCGUCAAUCUGCUUACAAAAUACGUUAUUCAUGCAUUAGGUUCGGUACAAAAAAAGUUGGGCGUCUCAAUCCAAGCCGUCCCAAAGUCGCUCCGGCUGGGCUAGGCGAAAAGAAUGGCUCAGGCAUUCCUAAUUGCUUCAGAUGCCAAACUUUUCAUUUGGCAUCUGAACCGGGCCUUAGUCAUCAUGGUUGUCCUAGUCACCCCAGUCAUCUCAGUCAUCCUAGCCAUGCUAGUCAUUCUAGUCAUCCCAGCCAUCCCAGUCAUACUAGCCACUCUAGUUAUCCCAGUCAUUCUGGUCACCCUUGCCAUCUUAGUCAUCCCAGUCAUCCCAUAGUCCUAGUCGUUCAAGUCAUCCCAGUCAUCCUAGUCACCCUAGCAAGAAGAAUGCAAAUUUUUCACCAGUGACAGCCUACUCUCUCAUUAGUGAUCAGGUUUUAGCAUUUAGAAUAUUGUUUUAACUUGUUUGACAGCAACAAGAACAAAUGAGAGGUGAAAAUAAAAAGAUGUCUGCCAUCUUGAAAUCAUCAAGUGCGAUUUCAACUACGUCCUCGAGUAGCAGAACUUCGACAUCUACCACCUCAACGUUUACAGGGUCUUCCACAAGCUUUACACCAGGAAGUGCGAGAACAUCCUCAAGACAGGCAGAUCCUCUGCAUAGAAGCUCAAGUGACUCUUCACUAUCAAGGCUUGCAGUGUCUGGUGGUGGCAGCAGGAGUAGUGACGGACUCAGAAGUGGAACUCCUUCUGGGACUCAGCCAUCAGGUAAUUAGCAAUUUAUUAUUGAAUUCAGCUUGUGUAUGAUAUGAAGAAUUAUGCAGAUCAGGGAAAAGCUGAAUCCAAAAUUAUUGUGUCGUCACUCUUUCAAAAUAAUUCUUUGCAAGCUCAGAACAUACUCACCUCUAUGCCUAGUUCUCAUGUUCAAAACACUUGCUUUUUCUUAAGAGUUUGAGGAUGUGAAGGGAUGUUUAGUCUGACAUAUAUGUUGUGGUUCAAUUUUAUCCUUGGUUCAAAUUUUAUUUUCUUUUGCUUUGGGUAUUGUAAUGUAUGAUUAAUUACAUGAUAAUGAGUUUGAAACAAAAGGAAAUAAAAUUUGAACCAAGGAUAAAAAUAAUUGAACCACCUUAAAAAGCAGGGGUCAUGUAUUUUUUUUUUCUAUUUGGUUAAUGAUAGCCGCUUUUGUAGAAUCAUCUUGGAGAUUUAAGCUAAUUUGAAACAAAUAUUGUGUAUGAAAAAGAACUAAAGGUUUAAAUCCUAACCCAUGAUUAGCUUUUACCUUCCUUACAGACUGGUUUGGCUUCUCAUCGGGUCCCAUCCACUCUAGAACAAUGUAUAAAUUAACAUUUGGAUGGACGAUCUACAAAGUGGAUAAAUGCAUAAAAGACAAAUUUAAAAAAUCUUCGUUCUUGCCCAAUGCAGUUGCAUCCACAGGGCACCAAGGAUUUAUUUGUGGUAUUGAUUCCAGUUACGUUUUACAGUUGAUAGCACAAAUCAGCUUUGUUCACUGUAAAAUGACUGAAUGACUAAACCAUCAUCCUGCAAAGUUUAAUGCAAAUCUGGCAAAAUGUUAUCCAGUGCUCCUUAAAACGCAUUAGACCGUCUGAUCACACAUCUUUGACCAUCUAUCACGUGUAUCUUACACAAAGCACCAGCUUUGGAGCACGCUUUAGCCUUCAGUUGUUGUCGCCCGCACUCUAUAACCUUUCGUUAUUACAGUUCUACUACAACCUUUUUUUCGGGCAGGUUCAUUUCAAGCUGGUUCUGGUAAACAAGCCACCUCCUCCUCUUUGGAUUCUUCAUCAUCUGCUGACUGCACAGGUGGUCAAUGCUCUGCUCCCACUGCACAGGGCAGAGGCUUUGUUAACAAAUGCAACAAUCCAGCGUGUAAUGGGUGUGGCACCUGUAAUGGCAGCUCCAUGUCAGUCUUCCAGGCUAGUACCGCUAGGAAGAAGACCACUGCAGGCUUAGGUAUUGAAAUGUUUUUAACAUUCACCUUAUUUUCCUCUCUAUUUAUGUAUGUAUGUAUGUAUGUAUGUAUUUUUUGAUUCAGUUAGUUAGUUUAGAAUGAAGUGUACACUUUUAGAGAGAGCGUUUUCGCGACUCCAAAUUUAAAACUCUAUCCUCGAUCCUCGAAAGUUUCGAGAAUCAAGAAUCGAGCCUCGCGUCUCGAGGAUCGAGACACGAGUGACUGUCAACUUACUUUUGAGCGGUACUGUACCUACGGUAUAUGUUUUCUGCAUCCAGUUUGAAGUCGCUCGUGAUCCUUGCAUAAUGACUGGCUCUCAACAGUCUGGUUCAAUAAAAUGUUCGUACUGACUAAAAUUUUGUAUUUCGGCCACCAAAUUGUGCUACUUCAGAGUGGAUAUGGCCUUUGUAUUAAAUAGAUAAAUAAAUAACUUUAGUGAUAGAGCAUCAUGUCAACAUGUAAUUUUGGUCUGAAAUCGUACUGACGAUACCAAUUCAAACUCGUGCUGCGCGUUCAUCAGAUUUUUAAAACAUGCACGUGAUUUCAGACCAAAUUGCACAAAACAAAGUUUGAUUACCAUUAUUUAUAUAUUUAAUCCAAAGUCCUAUGCAUAUCAAUUGUUUCACUGUUUCUGGUCAUUCGCUAUUAUUUCGUAAUCAUAGCCUGUUUGGCAGGCUUUUGUAGGGGAAAGGAGAGGGACUUAAAAUCCAUAAUUUACCGUCUCCUGCCUUCUUCUAAAGCCUGCCAUGCAGGUAGGCUCAAUGCUCGCCACUUUCUCGAUUCCGGUCUUAUUCCUCCCGGAGAAGAGAAAAGACUCCUUUCAGGCGAGAGGUGUGGGCUUAUUUCCUGAAUCGAGCCUACCACGCAGGCUGUUGUGAUACUUUAAAGUCAAUGAGAAAAUAAAAAUGCCAAUUUAGAAUACAACAAGAAUCGCCGAAAGGCGAUUUUUAACUGGGCUGCCAAGGGGCUAUUUUUUCUGAGGGGAGGGGGGGCUAUACACACUCAGGCUACCAUAAAACCUUGUCGGCAACCAUUGCAUGCGACAGAACCUCAUGUGAGACUGAAACAUAAACUCAUUCAAACCAUUGUACCCUUUUGAAAGACUUUCAUAACCCAAAAAAAAGAGUACCAUUUUUAAGUGGGGGCUGUAUAAUAACUUUUAAAUUCCACCACUAUGAAUAAAAAUAGACAAGUUAGCCAUUAAUUCUAAGCAGGAAACAAUUUGCAUUAUUUCCACGUACCCCUCCCCUAAUCCCUCUGUGCCCCAAAAUAUAGCGUGACAGUAUAACGUGACGUAACUGGAAAUUCCAAAAAUUGUUGUCGUUCUACGAGUAUAAUGAGCUGAUUUACACUAGACAUAAAUAUUGUAUUAUAUGAAAACCAGAAGCAUACUAAAACAGACAGUUAACUGCCCAUUGAUCCCGCCUGAUCCAGGGGCCUCACUGACUGCACGGAGACUUUACCGCGCUUUUCACAAACAUGCGAACUCUGAAGUUCAAAAGCCACCUUCACAAUUGUGUUUAUCGCUGGCGUCAAUCAUAAUUACGAUCAAAAGCAACGAACCUUGAAACAGAGAAACACACAAAACGGAUCGAAAUCCACAAAUCACAAACCAUGACCUUUUGAACCCGUGAAGUAGAGUUUUGUUUCCUAAGAGGUCUGUUAAGAUGAUUGACAGCAGCGAAAAACGCAAUCGUCGGUUGGCUUCAGAACUUCGGAAUUCGCAUGUUUGUGAAAAGUGCGAUCCUAAUUUGCGGUCCAAAGUCUACAAGAAAACGCACUAUUUUUUCCACAAGAAGAAAAAUAUUCAGUUUUAAGAUUUUCCUCAUAGUAUUUUUCUCUAACUUAAAGGAAUCAAAUCCUUUGCAUUUUGAGACCUAAAAAAGUUUAAAGACUUCUCGCUCGCAUGUUGCGUUCACCAGCACGCACUUCAAACAAUGUAAAUAGAUGAAACGAUCGAUAACAUAUUUUUUACCUGAUACCGAUGCGAGUUAAAAAUUCGCUCCAGUUCUGUUUGUCUCACCCAAGACGAACUUUUCUUCAUGGAAGAUAACUAUGCCGCUUUAUAACUCGUCCGAAGUUUUUGCGCCAGCUAAACAAUAUGGAAACAAUCAAUCAAUCAAUCAAUCUUUAUUUAAACACGGUAAAAUCCAUCAGGAAUUUAAAAAAUUAAAAAUAACCUAACUAUCCUAAACAAAAUUCAAAACCUGACUACAACUAAUCUAACUAAAACCUGUUUUUCAUGAAUGCCGUGUAUAACAUUAAAAGUGAACAUUAACUAAUCUUUUAAAUUGACUAAGAGAUUCGGCUUCUCUCACAUGACAGGGUAGGCUGUUCCAGAGAACUGCUCCGCUAUAAGUAAAGCUGUUUUUCAUGAAAUUAGUUCGCGGAAAUGGGACAAAUAGUUUGUUAACAGAGUCCCUCAGGGAGUAACGCGUUUCAUUUCGUUUAACAAACUUAGAUGAUAAAUAUUCAGGAACAAGGCCAUUUAAAGACUUGUAUACCAUUAUGGAUUUCUGUAUUUGAAAUUGAGUGCUCAAGUCUUUCCAAUCGAGUUGUCUAAUCAAACGGUUAGCAUCAGCAUCAUAGCUAGAGAAGGUUAAAACGCGAGCGGCACGGUUCUGAAGCUUCUGUAGCCUGUCAAAUAAUGUUUUACCACAAUUACCCCAGACAAGAUUGCAAUAAUCGAAAUGAGAUUGAAUUAGUGAGUUGUAUAUAUAGUGAAGGGUAGGUGGAGGGACAAAAGGUCUAAUUCUUUUUAUUGCUCCAAUUCCGGAAGCGACCUUUUUAGAUAAUUUAUCAAUGUGUGUUUGCCACCGUAGAUUUUCAUCAAUAAAUAUUCCAAGCGAUUUGACAGAGGAAACGUGUUCUAUCGGAACAUUAUUAAUCGAGAGCUCAAGUGGGUUCGACAAAGUACUCAAUUUUUGUCUGGAGCCAAUUAGCAUGAAUUCAGUUUUAGAAGUGUUCAAAGUAAGUUUAUUGGAAAUAAGCCAUUUGUUUAGGUUAUCUAAAUCGUGACUCAGAGUUAACUGUAUUGAAUUCACAUCAACGCCAGCAUAAGUAAUGUGGGUGUCAUCGGCAUACAUUCUAGGCUGGCACGAAGUAAAAGGCAGUUUGGCAAGUCAUUAAUAUAAAUAAGAAAUAAAAAGGGGGCCAAGGAUUGUUCCUUGCGGUACCCCACAUUUAAGAGAGCAGAUUCUAGAAAGAGAACCGUUAACAAGACAUCGUUGUGUACGAUUAGUUAAAUACGACCUAAACCAAUCAAGAGCUGUACCUUGUAUUCCGUAAAGGUUCAUUUUAGCUAGAAGGAUAUCGUGGUCAACGGUGUCGAAAGCCUUUUUAAAUCGAGGAAAACCACAGCAUUAACAUUGCCACGAUCAAUAUUAAAGGCCCAAUUAUCCGUAGCUUCCAGAAGGGCAGUUGCAGUUGAGUGUAACGAGCGAAAACCCGAUUGAUGAUUAGAAAUGAUAUCUUCAUUGGUCAAAAAGUUAUACAACUGAUCAUAAACAAUCCUUUCAAACACUUUAGCUAUAACGGAAAUGACUGAAAUAGGUCGAUAAUUAUUCAGAUCAGAUGGCUCACCUUCCUUGAACAACGGAGUAACUCUAGCACAUUUCAAUCAUCAGGAAAUAUACCAGAGACUAAAGAUUUAUUAAAGAGAUCACAUAGUGAAACUGAAAUAAGAUCAGCACAUUCACGUACAAUUUUAGCAGAAAUAUUAUCAAGACCAGUUGCUUUAGAUCUACAUAAUUUGUUUAGAUGUGAGAAAACAAUGCUGCAGUUAGUCGAGGAGAAGCUGAAAUUGUUGUUAUUUACCUUUAUAUUAUUGAUAUAACUUGAAUUAUUUUCAGCAGUUAGAGGUAUUUCAUUAGCAAGUCUGGGCCCAAUUGUUGAAAAAUGGUCAUUAAAAGCAUCAGAAAGCUCACUAGAAUUAGAGAUAAUGGUAUCAUUCAAUUUCAGUUCUUUCACCGUUGUAUUAUUCACACGACGGGAUGUAAGCUCAUUAAAGGUUUGCCACGUUUUUCGAGGAUUACCCUUAGAUUGAAUAAAUGCAUUAGAAUAAUAAGAUGCUUUAGAAAUUUUGAUGUCAUUGUUUAUUAUAUUUCGCAACUUUUUGUACCUUUUCCAAUCGUGUGGAUCAUUCGAUGUAAUUGCUUUUCUUUUGGCAGCAUCACGAUCACGCAUGCCUUUCUUUAAUUCUGAAUUGAUCCAGGGUGCUUUAUUUGUUCUAGUACGUCUAGUUCGGAGUGGCGCAUGAAUAUUAACAAUAUCCAAAAACUUCGUUUUCCAGUCAGUCCACAAAACAUUUGGAUCUUCAGAAACAUUACAGGACCAGUCUUGCUGAGCGAUAUCGUUACGAAAACUCUCUCUAUUAAAAUUUUGGAAAUUUCUAUAAGAAAUGGUUGAGUGCCCUUUUGAAGGAAAAGUGAGAGAUAAUUUCCUAUAAACGUAAAUAAGGCUAUGAUCGCUGAUACCAAUAUGAGAGACUCCGGAACAGACUACCCUGUCAGUAUAGUUUGUAUAAAUUAAAUCAAUUAAUGUAGAAGAGGAUUCCGUUAUGCGAGUAGGUUGAGUUAUAAGCUGUUGAAGCCCAAAUAAAUCAGAAAUUUCACAUAAGCGUCGAGUAUUUAAAUCAUAUUGUGCAGAGGCCAGGUUACAGUUUAAAUCACCUAGCAGAUAAUAUUCUAGGCCGAGGGAAUCUAAUUUCUCAAGAAAUGAUUCACUAUUCACACUAUUCACAGUGACUCCUUGGAUAUUAAAAAGACUGAACGUGACGCACUAUUAUGCCUUUGUUUACUUCUCAUCACAUCUUCAAGCGAAGUCUCUCUUUUCAAGCGAUUCAUCUCAAUGCACAAUAAUUGACCCUUAUAUUAGUUAAAACCCUAUGGCUCAUUUAUAUUAAUACCGUUUUUGCCCUCACAUUGACUGUGUUCGUUCGUAUUCAAAACACCUUUACGAAAAUAAAGGUCGUAUAAGUAAUGUAAGUCAUGUUUCGACAUAAAUGGAUUAUACGCUUUUUUAAGUUUCCAUUUUGCGGUGACUUCAGUUAACAUCUUCAUAAAAUGGUAAAAGAAAUAUCAAGAAACAUCACGAGAGCUAAAAAACUUUCAAAGGCAUGUUUCUGAAACUCGCUAAUGCUGACAUCAAUAUAGCGUGCUUGCUGAAUGGGCGAAAACACAGAAUUGUGAUCACAAGAUCAUGUACAAAUUUAAUGAUAAAAGCUUAGCAAGAUACAAAUACAACAAAAGCAAACCCCCUGAAACCUCGACGUUGGCUACACUUGUAUGCUCUACUCAGUCACCAAAACUUGUCAGUAAUAGCUCCUAUUUUCCUCAAGUCGCUCUCUGUGAAGCUCCCGGAUGGGAUGCUCCGGUCAGUGUGUCCGGUGAAGCUUUAAACUUGUGCAUUGUGCGCGAAAUUCUCAGAGUCCCUAUUUUUGUCCGUGUCUUCUUUAUCCUCAGUAUCCGAAAUUUAAACCUCCAAAGUGGCGUGUGUUGCAUUAAAUAGAAGGAAAUAUUUAAAGGAAAAGCCAGUCUUCUAACAUGGCAAAAUUGUCACGUCCCUCGCUCAUAGACGUGCGUAGUGCCAUUCAUCGGCAACUGAGUUGUUCGCUUCACUGACUACGAAGGCUUACAAUCAAGUCUUCAGCCAUAGUGUCGUCAACUGGUGAAAUACCUUGCUCAUAAAUUGUGCUUCUUAAUUGCUCAUGUACUACAUCGAUCGAUAAUUCUCUCUUUGAGUUCACGAAGCGGCCACGGCGUUCCAAACCUGACGCUCACAGUCAUCUUUUAGUGUGAACCUACCGUGAACAGCGUGUCGGUUUGAAUGCAACGCGAGCAUUUCUCUGAGUUUCCCAGCGCCAACAUCAUCUCACUGCCUUAAACUCGAACAAUAAAAAAAAUUAUAGAGUGACUCUCAUGAUCGAAUCGCUUCGAACAACGCAAAUAGCCUUCUUCAGGUUCGCAACGCUUUGUGGGUUUUUCAGGGGGAGCGCAGACGAGGUACAAAAAGUAUCCGUGCAAGGGUUCGUGCAAGAGAAACUCAUAUGAAACCAUUUGAGAGAACAUCGUUUCUCGGUACCAGACCCUCGUGUCUUCCCUCCCCCGGGAGACCACUUUUUGACACCGACGACCGAAAGCCCAUUUUAUGACUGGGCGCACAGGCAGCCCAGUAAAUACAGAUUUAUUAGUUAUUAACCACAAGGUUUUGUAAUAAAAAAAGCUCACAUAUUUACUGAUUAGUCCAGCAUUUCGUGUUUAGUCUGCCUUUGUCAAGUUCUUUCAUUUAGCAUUUGUACUCUCUAAUUUUGCAAGUGAAAGUGUGCACAUAUCAUCCGCGCCACAAUGGUAAAUUUUUAACCUUCUGUGCCACCUUGAUGAUCUGCAGUCUCAAGCACUGGUUUGUGACCUUGAAGUUUAAAACACUCAAUCAUUUCUUUGUUCUGUUUAACUGUUUCCUUUGUUUUCAAGGUUCCCCAAAGGAUUAUUUCCAACGACACAAUGGCAUUGAAGUUAUUGACUUAGAAGGAAAUGGCACAAUGCUUAGUGUUCCAGUGGAAUCAGAUCAGAUGAUAAAUUCAUUGGCAUCACACAAGAAUGAGGUAAGGUCAUGCAUUUUUUUCUUUUCCAUGACAAUGCUACUGCUGUCCAAAUAAGCAGACAGAUACUUCAAGAGAGAUUAUGGACAGAGAGGGAAUCUUAGGGCGUUGGCCAAGCGUUGGCUUAAGCUUAGAGAUUGUAAUUAAACAGAAGCCUAAUUCCCGACACGUCCGCACAUUUUAAUCAAUCGCUUGAAACGUCAUCAAGUCCACACGCGACUGCCUCAAAGCAAACAACGCCGAAUAUUGUAGAGGCAACUGCUGAAUUCUCUCUUGACAACACCGAAUAAAAGUUUGCGGACCUCUCGGGAAACCAGUUUCCUAUUAAUUUCAAGCGGUUUUGGCCUAAAAAUAUCUUAAGUGAAAUGACAUAUAGCAAUGGCCGCUAGACUGGGCGUUUCCCUCUCUGUCCAUUUUCUUCUCUUGGUUACAUUACGUUGAUUCCUCGGCCGCCUGGUUAGCUCAGUUGGGAGAGCGCCGGUCUUGCCGAGCUGGAGGUCGCGGGUUCGAACCCCGGCCGGACCAACGCUCAGGGUCUUUGAAAAACUGAUAAGAAAGUGCUGCUUUGUAAUGACAUCUGCAAAUGGUUAGACUUUCUAGUCUUCUCGGAUAAGGACGAAAAACCGUAGGCCCUGUCUCACAACACGCUUUUACUGAUCUGUUCUUGCGGGACGUAAAAGAACCCACUCCACUGUUCGAGAAGAGUAAGGGGACGUAGACCCCGGUGGUGUGGCCAACCUUUACGGUUUGUGGGAUUGGGUAGGAAUGGCACCUCGCAUGGGACCUGAGUCCUGUUCUUGCUCAUUCCCUCUGUGUAGGCCUGUGUCCAGAAAACCUGGUAAAAAAAUUCCAGAAGGAAACAUCCAUAUAUGAAAAUAAAAAAUAAUAUUGCAAUUUUUUAAUUAUUUGGACGGCCUGGAAAAAAGAGAGAACCGUAAAGGAGUCGUCCGUUUACGUUUUUAUUCGCUAAGGAGUUGAGUGUAGAGUAUAAAUGUAAGCAAUUCAGCGUGCCUCCUUUUUGAAUGCUUGCAACUAUCAUUGAAGAACAAGCAAUUCUUUUUUUUUCUACAUAUCAAGUAAAUGAACUUUAAAAGACUUUUUAGCGAAAAGCUUAUAUUUCUCCACGUUUCUCUGUUCUUUUUUUCUGUGUUACUGUCGAUCUUCUUCUCUCUUCUUAUCCUUCUAACUUUUUAACUUUCAGUACCUAGUUCCUAAUGCGGAUGCCUCCAUACUGGAUGACCUUUAUAAUGUUAGUACCUUUCCUUCUUUAGCUUAAAACAGCACUGCAUGGCCACUGACACCCCAUACAGUUAUCAUGCAUGACCUUUUUACAUCACUUCAAUCCUACCUCCUGUAUGCGGACAGCCCAGGGACCGGGAGUAGGUACCCGCAUUUAGGAAGUGGCCCUUUGGGAGGCUGGGUCAACAUCGUAAACGCCGAGCACUACAAAGAGUCGGGGAAAAAAAAUAAACUUAUUUCUACUUAAUGCAUACCCGAGCCGUAGCUUGCAAGAGACAAGACAGAGUACUUAACUAGCCUAAAAGCCAAUUUAAAAAGUGAGGUUGUUAAAACAUUCCCAAUUGAAAGAGCACUUUCAACAAAGGCUGAAAAUAGCGCUUCAGUGCUUAUAGAUUCAAAAUUUUCUGGGGUGGGCCUGCCCCAGUUUCUCUCCUAUCAGCCCGCGACUUCGGCGAUCACAGAUCUUCCCUCGUCCAUACUAAAAGUCGGGCUAGAGCCCUGUAUAUAUCGUCAGGACUGUUACCGUACUCAUUAAACUGUGGAACUCCUUUUCCAUACCAACUUAUGUUUUACAUCAUAUAUAGAAUAUAUAAGGACCUUAUUUGUAGUGAAUUGGGAAACUGUCUGUUCGACAAAUAAUUUUAGAUUCUGCAGACCUUGAGGGUUGUCUGCUUACGAGAGGUGUCCCAUAGCUGAGACCUAGACCUUUCGAGAUUGUCGCGUGCACAUUUUUUCCGAUAACCUUUCUCGAAAUAGCUGUAUACACGGCAAAUUGUGACCUCUCUAGAUGGAUACCUUCGCAAAAAGGAGAAUCCAUCUCUCAUGAAAACAAAACCACAGAACACUAAAGAAAGGUGACUUUCUAUAAGGGUGUCUGCCCUGCUUUGUAGGAUUUCAUCUAGUCUCUAGUCUUGUUAUGCAUGUACUUCACACUGGAUUCUGGGAGACCCAGUUCUUUGAGACUUAAAUCUUGUCAUCUGUAGGGAUAGGCUACGAACCUCUGUAUCUUUCCUCAAGGUUAUUGACGUAGUACGUGCGCGCACGGGGUGCGAGACGCGACAAUCGAGAGUAAGGGUCUCCAUUGCACACGUGCCCAGUAGCUUUUUUCGUGCAUUUUGCUUGACGUACCGCGUACAAAGACACUACUUAUAAUGUACUGUAGCGAGACUUGUUCAGCUCCUCAGUUGGUUCAUUUCAACCAAUCUUUACAGUCAUGGGAAGCACCUUGGCUUCGUACAAAUCGUCGGGAUGUCAGAGGCGCUGGCAGAGAAAGGAUCCCAGCUUUCAACAUUCCCACUAACAGCCAGCACAAACAGGAUGCUGCAUCACUGAUCCAAUUGAGACUCAAUCAGAGCAGCUUGGAGAAGGGGACGCUGAGAGAUCAGCAGUGUGAAACUCCUAACUAUUCGGUGGUUUCAAGCAAAAGUGCUCCUAAAGGUAGGCCACAGACCGGCGGGGAGGAGGGGGGGGGGGGGGACUUUGCAAACUUUUCUACGGGGCGGGGGCUCCGCCCCGAGCUCCAACCCCUCACCGUUUCAUAUACCAUGCACUUUUGACGGACAAGGUACCAUCUUCGUGUACCUUCCAUUGAAAUGUAGCACCCCUUUACCAUACCCACUUAGGAAUAAAUCGCUAGAACAGGAAGGACCCUUGUCAUUUUCGUAUUUUCGUGUAACGUUUAAUAAACUAAAUGGGCAAAAUGGAGGUCUUUUCGAAACAUUAUUAAGGCCCUUUUAAUGCUUAAAUGAUAGAUUUUCCAACGCUUUCACAUAAUUCAACUUGUGAAUUCCCUACUCUUUGAUGUACCCCUUUCGGGCGGAGCCUCCCUGUAUAGACUAUUGUAGCGAAUAACCCUCGGGGCUACGAGGAAUUGAUGGUGAAUUGUGACGAUUUCGAUCUGAAUUGAAAGUAUGAAUUGCUUGUGUGAAUUGAAUGGUAUGACUGAAUACGCCACUUGCACAUCUCCCAUAAUGCACCUUAUUUGUCCCCCGCCCCCCUAAUUUUGCAUAAGUAUUGUUUUCAAUUUCUCUUCGGACGGCUGUAAUACCCAGGAGAAAUGAAAGACAAAGGAUAUGUAAAAUUUCGCGGGGCAAAUUAUGUGCUUUAUGGGAGCAAGUGGUGUACAGACCAUUUUCGAUAUAUUAAAAUUCAUACUUGACUCCGAGGCUUGGGGAAAUAGGACAAAAGAAAUAUUAUUCAUCGCUGAGCCUCAAGAUGAUUUCUUUUGUUUUAUUCCCUCAAGCCUCACAGCCAAGUAUGAAUUUUAAUAUAUCGAAAUUGGUCUAUUGAACGUUUCAGUUUAAUGUCUGAAUUGCAUGUUUGAAUCGACGAAAUGUUUGCGUUGUGAAAUUGAAUGCUAAGCUAAUAUCGAAUAUUCCCAUUGAUAAACUGGUUGUUCAGAUUGCCAAGUUGAAUAUUUUGUCCGCACUCAAUUGCCGAAUUGACUGUUUAAAUACAUUUUGGGUGCGUGGUACCUAAAUGCUUAAUGCAUUUACAUCACCUCAUUAUUGUUAUCGCUAUUUUGUUUGUAGGGCCUCAUAAAUGCAGUAACCUCUGCAAUACAAACCAAACCGUUGCAGCCGAAGAAAGUGUUAAACAUAACCCAAGAGCGAUUCCCCUCCUACUGAAGUGGAAAAGGUUAGACUUUUCGUUGAAUGAAAACGCAAUGUUACAUUAACAAAUGCAAAGAAAUAACGGGAAAAAUUAAAACGAAAUAAAGGUUUCCUUUCAUAUGAAAUCAUAUCCCUUGCAAUGUGUGUCAGUGCAAAUGUUGUACCUAUGACUUUUUUACGGGUGGUUAGCUAUCGUUUCUCGACGCUUUUUCUCCGAACAUGGCUACACAUGAAGUAUAGUAACAGGUUAUUUUAUAAAUAAACCGGCCCCAGUUGAUCAAAAGGUGGAUAGCGCUAUCCAUUGGAUUAAUCUCUAUCCAGUGGAUAAAGUUAUUGGUUUCUCUAAUAAGUAUCCACUGGAUGGCGAUUUUUCCGGUGGAUAGUGCUAUCCAACCUUUGAACGACCGGGGCCUGUUGAAAGAUUCCCUCUCGUUUGUGGGCUAGUCCCAGUGCAUUACCUAGGAAAAGAACGUGGUCUACUGGUCGCCGUCAAAGAAUGGUGAUAGAGGUACAGAUGAAAACAAAUUGUUGGAACUCCCCUGGAACUGACCUCUAAUUGCUAUUCCUUAGUUUUGGUCCGUUAUGUAUGUUUUCUGUAGGGAAAUUGCGCAGCGUCACCCUGGUAACAAGAAGACUGUUUAUUAUCGUACACCUUGUAACAAAAGACUGGUAAGUAGACGUCUCUUGUGUCAGCUGAAUGUUUGUUUUUUAACACCCCACUCCAGAAACUAUAAGAGGAAUGGGUACAAGCUUUCGGCGCAAGGAUUUAUGGGAUCGUUUGGGUGGACAAGCGUUACUUAUGAUUGGUUUAUUGUUACUGUGAAUACCAUCGACCAAUCAUAACUAACGCUUGUUUACCUAAACGAUCCUAGAAGUCACUGCACCUAAAGAUUGUAUCCAUUCUUCCUAAAGUUUCUGAAGCGGGGUAUAUCCGAUUGUUUUCCUACGUCAGAAAACUAUGGUGAUCGUUCGUUCCGUUAAGUGAGUUUGGCGUGGCUACAUGAUUAUGUCCAUGAAAUAGGCCACUUCCGAGUUGCAAAAACCCUCACUUUCAAAAUGAGGCUAGGUGCAUGUGAAAAUGAGUUUUAUUUGCAUGAGAAUGAAAAAUGAUUUCCGUAUCAAAGGCUGAGCACCUACCCUAGUUUUGAAACAGAGGGCCGGGGGAACUCGGAAAUGGCCCUUUUUUAGUUGAGGAAAGUUGUUCUUCAGAGUGCAGUUUCGUUGUAAUGAGAAAACUCUUGUACCAAGCUAGAGUGAUCUGUUUCUUGUAGGAAGCCAUUUGGUGUUCUUCAAAAAAGAUUUAUUUAAUUUCACACUGGUGUGUCUUCAAACAAAACAUUUUUUUGCCUUAACAUUGUUUCUCCUUUCUUUCUGCAGAGAUCCUUGCCAGAACUUGCUUGUUACUGUGAGUACAAAAGAUAUUGUUAGUUUGAAUUAUGCUUCUGAAAAAGAAUAAUCACUAUUCACUUGAGAACCUAUUCCUCUCAGGGUCGCAAAUACGCCAAAUUUGGCGUAUUUUACGCCAACAUUGUUCAAAUGACUCCACUGAUGUUACGGAGGGAGUCACUUCGACUCCAAAAAUUUUAGGUAACAAACAGGGAGCCACUUCGACUCCAGAAAUGUUCGGUAACAAACACAGUUUUGUCCUGACCUUUUUCGCAACGAAUACAAUUUACGUUAAUUGUAAACGUUGUAAACCUUAAUUAAAUCAUCGAAAUUAAAGAAUUAUACCGCACUAUAAAACAGGAAGAGGGUAAAUUACGAUCAAAGUUUACUCGAUGACGACCAUCAUGGAUUUGAGCUUUCCAGGUCAGCGGACCGCCACAGCUACUUCGUGUACUAUCCCUCACGAUAGUGUAUACAUGCCGGGACCACGUGCUGGAAAGUCUGAUACUUGACUCCAAAUAUUCCAAAAUGACUCCAAAAUUUGUGAAGCAGAAGUCACACUGACUCCACUCAUCAAUAAAAUUUGCAAACCCUGCGGCUCUUUUCUCAAAGCCGAAAAGCUCGCACGGCCGGAGCGUAACCUGCCUUCUGUAACGUAACACAUCCAGGAGUAUUUCUACAGGUUGAUUGGUUCGUCUUCACUCAAGUUUGUCUUCACUUCUUCUCCUUUAGUGACAAUCACAAAUACCGCCAAUGUGUCUAUAGAUCAGUUUUCAUUUGACCCGGAUGUUUCCUGCCAAGAUACUGUUUUCAGAGAUGUGGUGAGAAUAAUUUAUUGAAAAAUGUUUUAAGUAAUGCGUGCUUUAUGGUUGGUCAGAGCGAUUUCGUUACAUUCACGCUGUACUUCACUCGAGUGCCUUUUAGGGUUAUUAUGCACGUGGGCCACGCCACUCAACCCGGGGCGCAUGAUGUUAAUUGGUCUUGUUUCAAAAGAAAUGAAAAAGCAAAUUUCUUUGAGACAUAGAAGCACUUAGAACUUAAAACUUAAGUUCCAGCACUUCUUUUAUGUUCUUGGAGGAUCGUUGAACCAAAUAUUAUUUAUUUUGGAUACAGCAGGGUAGCAACGUGGUCGCUUUGGUUAGCAAGUAUUUGCAAACACUGUCGAUUCCCUCAGAAACACGCGAAAGACUUAAAACAUUCCGUGGAAUAAUUUGUUUCUGAAACUAUCGUCUACCACUAUUAAUGUGGGCUUAUCGCCAUUGUGCCUGGCUUGAUCUUGUGGUGGUUUGCACACCCAACGGGUAUUUGGUGAGACAGGUUUCGAGUCUGACUCCGAACGCAUUGUUUCGUUUGUAUGCAAGAUGGGCGGGGAAAGUAAUGUAUAGUUGCUUCUUAAGUCAUUAAGGCUUUCUUUGCUUCACAACAUUUGUAAUUGUAUAGUUUCUGUUUCUGCGUGAGACGAUUUCUUUUCUGUUGCCAGGAACCUAUUUGUCCUGAUAUCUCACGGGGUGCAGAAAGAGUGGAAAUCUCGGUAUGUACUUAAAAACACUGUUUUUCGCUAACACAAUUUACUAUUUCAAAACCAGUAAAUGAUUUUAAAAGUUCUUGUUCUCUCGUCAAUACAUUAUUGUUCACUUGGCAGUGCUGUUCAGUACUGUAUCAAGUGCUGCCGGAGUUGAAUAUUGCCUUCAAUUUCACCCCCCCCCCCGCCGCCGCCGCCUUAUUGUUACACCAAACUGAGGCAGUUGGAGACAGUCCCCACCCCCCACCUUCCCAACUCAGGGUCUGGAUGACCGGGCCCCUCCCUUAUCUGAAGGUUUGGAUACGCCACUGUGAUGGGAAAGCUAUUAGCAAUCCGUUUCAUUUGCUUUGCUUGUUCGCAAAAGUAACCAAAAUCCACACCGUCUUGUUUGCCACUGUUUGGCAUAGCAAUUGCAUUGCGCCGUUAACUAAACCAAAAUGAGGUACUUAUUCAGCCGUUUUGAUUGACACAUUUCAGGUUGUCAACGAAGUGGACACGUGUUUUCCGCCUCCGAUCGAUUACGUAUCCAGAAGGAUUCUACAUGAAGGAGUAAAUAUGGUUCUCGACCCAGCAUUCCUGGCAUGCUGUGACUGCACGGAUAACUGUCAGGUGAAUUGGUGUCAUCAUCUCUAGUCUAACAUCUUCUGAAGGUCCUCAAAUGUAGAGUAAACUAGAUGAAAUUGCCAGCCUUUCAUACCUGAACACCAAUGAUUAAGCUAACUGGUGAGAUUUUGCUCGAGUGAAGUUAUUGCAAAGAAAGUGGACUAAAACGAAGGAGAAAUUCCACGAGUGCUUGUUCUUCUACGCAGUCCAGAAAAUACUUUAACCAAUCAGAAUCAAGAAUUCAACAGCUUCCAGACUGACUGGUUUGGUAAGAGUAUUGAGAUUACCAGUAUUAAUAUUGCUAUUAAUAUUGCUGUUUUUAUUGCUAUUAAUAUUUGUUCAAGGACAAGUCCAAGUGCUCAUGCGCCCAGUUAACCAUACAAGCCUCAGCUGCUGUAGGAGGCAAAGAGGAUCCCACAAUUGGUUAUGAGUUUCGCAAGCUCAAGGAAGGCGUUCAAACAGGGUGAGAUUGCCAACUGCUGCAAAACUUUGUUCUAGUGAAUAUAUUUUGUCAGAGAAAUCACUGGCUUCUGUUACUUUUGACACUCUGCCCGUGUUUCUGUAAAACGGUUCACAGUGAUCUAACGAGUGGCAUUGCGAAAGCUACGUAGAGUACUUCAGUACUCUAUAGUAUCAUUACAUGACCUACAUUAGGAAAACAAAACGUACACUCUAAAGAGGUCUAUGCUGUAGCAGGAAACGCACUUUUCUAGCCAUGAAUUACCGACAUUAUUCACUUACCAAUGGCUUGACUCAAAACAAUAGAAUGUUAAUGUGAUGUAUUUAAUCUAGUAACAUUCUAUGUAACAGUCAUACUUUGCUGUCUGUUUCUAACCUGUUUGAUCUUCUUUAGAAUCUACGAAUGUAAUCAAAACUGCGCAUGUGGCACCCAAUGUUUCAACCGAGUUGUGCAGAAUGGCAUCCAGCUAAGGUUACAAGUGUUCAAGACGGAGAACAGGUAGGGAUUUCUCAAUCAUGCAAUUUUUGGGUUCAGGGUGCUCUGACAAGAGAACGUUGUUCAAUGCUGUCAGACCAGCCGCAUGUAACGCAUUCCUGUUCGAGAAGUUGCGGUGCAAAUUACGUUCAUCAGUUUGUGAUUCAAUAAUAAUGCUCUUCUCUACAAAAUACCACGAGCGACUGGCAGCAUAGGAAACUUGCAACGGUCUCUUAGUGUCACUGGUAACGUCGCUUUGUAAAUUGCGGGGAAACUGCAUCAAGUAGUAGGGCUUUCACUGAGUUCACGUGACAGCACAGCAUAUGAAUGUGAAUGAAAAAAUUACUAACAUGAUUUGUCAGUAGUGUGUCUGGAUUUUCGUUUGACAGAGUGAUAGAUAGGGAGUAGUCCAGAUACACUAAAGGUCUUGGUCGUUGCUGUGGAGCAAUUUCCGAGUUCCAAAAACGUUCACUUUCAAUACGAAGCUAAGUGCAAGACCUUUCUUGGAAAAGGAGUUUGAUUUGUAUGAGAAUAAAAAAUUAUUUUCAUGUUUGGGGUAUUUUACAGAUCUGCCAACUAGACCAGGCGGGUACAUCUGCUUGAACACUAGUGCUGGGCAGAUGGGUGGAUUGACUUCUCUUCGUUGUAUGUUUCAGGGGGUGGGGGCUUAGAUGCCUGGAUGACAUUCCUAUGGGUACAUUUGUCUGUACAUACGCUGGACAGAUUCUUAAUGAAGACAUGGCUAACAAGGUUAGAUUUUAUGUCAUUAUCUUGUGAGCAAAGAGUUUGUUAAAGAGUUUGUUAUCCCCAUAAAAUGUUUGUUUGGUGCUGCGUUGAAUCAUUAGAAGGUACUUUAAUUUACAACGAUCUUGUUUUAAAACACAAUUGUCUUAAAAUCAUCGAUACUUGAUUUUAGACAUUUGAUUAAUACAUCUUUUUUUAUGCAUUCUUGUGUUCAUUCUUUUUUUUUUUUGCCCGACCGACCGACCCACCUUCACGAGAGGGAGGGCGAUGGGAAACGAAACAUUUUAUGGAGAUGGCCUCAGAGGAAACAAAGCACGGCAAAAGUUGAUUUUACUUGAUUAAUCCUUUUACUCUUUGAAUUUAUUAUGGCGUGAUUAUUAGUCACUCUUUCUUUGAAUCUGUGGAAGAAACCCUAUGGUGUUACCAUUCAAAUAAAAUCUCUUUGGCAGAACUUUUACAUGGUGUUUUUAACUUUUUGGGAUUUUACUAAAAGAAAUUUGGAAUUGUUAUGAUUUUUUAUACAUUGGCCACUAUAAGGAGUGAAUGGGUAAACUUUAGAUGGAAGCUUCCCUUUUUCAUCCACCAGAACCUGUAUUUUAAGUUAAUAGAUAGUUCUUGCUCACUUUUCUGCGCCACUGACGUGGCGAAGCAAAACAAAACAAUAUCUGGUUCAAGUAGGCCGCGCUACUCUUGUCCAGCAGACGGGCAACAAGUGGGCUAGACAAGGGUAAAACGUCCUCUGGGGGGAAGACUGAACCAAAAACUUUGUGCUUUGACAAAAGUACGCAUGCGUGCAUUGCGGCAGAUAAAGUGCACGGGAAACAGAACUGCCACUGAAACUUAAUCUAAUGUUUACUUUCUCACAGGAGGGAAGGGACUUCGGAGAUGAGUACUUGGCAGAAUUAGAUCAUAUCGGUGAGUGAAAGCCGCAGAGGUAGAGAUAAAGGCGGACGCGAGGCCAUGAGGCCCGGGGUUUAACAUGAUUUAAUUGGUAUUGAAGCACCUAAUUGUAUUGCUACUCACCCGCACGACCCAUCUCGGAGUUUCUCCCCCCCCCAGCAGUCUAUCGCCCAUACCUAUAUAAAGACGUGGGGAGUUAAGUAUCAUGUUAAAAGAAACAACGGCAAGACUUAAACCCGAACCGCCAUUUCCAAAGUUCGAGGCGUUAAGACGGCCAGCGCGUCUUCUGAAAAAGGUGCGAGGGCGUUCUUUAGAAGUUGCGCAAAAUAGUUUCCAGCAUUUUCUACUCUUAUUCUUCUUUCUUUUUGGGGUUUUUUUAGUUUAUUGGUGCGAAACUUAUGUCCAGUCUUCUUAAAGUCAUGCUCAUUUUCUUGACGUAAAAGCUAUUACAGAAGCAGUGCAUCUUACAAACAGAUCAUUUGCUGAAUGUUUCAUCUUUUAUACUGUCAUUGCAGAGGUGGUAGAGAAAGCUAAGGAGGGAUAUGAGUCUAACGUGUCGGACCUAGAGGAAGAUGACAGUGUGAUUUACCAGACUCUGGGCGGCGAGAGUUCUUCUACCAUAAGCGGAAGUGACAAAAGCGGCGAAAGGUAAUAUGCACAGUGACCUCUCUGCGUUGUGGUAAACACAGCCACAACCACAACCAGAAAACGACGUAUGCGCGAGCAGUGUUGUCGCAAUAUACAACAGAAUGCGAGCAAAACGUCCAAGAAACCAGUUCAAUUUCUGGAGUUGACUUAAUUGGCUUUAUAAAGUGUUCCGUUUAUCGUUUGUCUCAUGAUUGUCGCUUAGAUAGCCUUCGGAAAUUCACAUUUCUUUAGAAAUUUAUAUUGAUAUUGAUAUUGCGAUCAAUAUCUAAGGGACAGUCGUAAGACAAACGAUGAACAAAACCCUUUAUACGCGUUAUCCUUCGCCGAUGAAGAGUAUCUUUCUUGACAUUAAUUUGCAUUCUUGGAACGUUUCUUAAUAAAAACUAGCUCAGAGCCUUGUCACGGCUAGGGAAAAGCCAGCCAGGAGACACAAUGUUUUUCAAGGUCGGGGAAAAUCGUGGUCCUUGGCAGGGGUAGAGAAUAGUGAGUGAAGUUCCGCAGGGUUUGUUGAAAAUUGUAUAACACAAUUUCAUUCGUAAAAGUUACUCUGAUUGAUCUGUUUUGUCAUUACGAAUCCUAUAAGAAAUUUGGAAUCCUUGACCAACGUAAAGAGAUGGGAAAUGAAGGGAAGGAUAUUCAUGAACUGCAAAAGGCAGGGGCGGAUCCAGAAAAUUCAGAAAGGGGUGGCUGCGACACUUAAAAAAUCACGGAAAAAAGGAGUGGCCGCGGUGCCCUCGGCCAACCCCUAAAGCCGCCCAUGAAAGAUGCUUAAAAAUCUGUGAAAACAAGAGGUAGUGAAUGUAGUACGGUAAUGUCAAAUAUCAUUUCUAACAACUCGUUCACUCCUGUCUUCGAUUGCAUUUUAAACAGUUCUUCAGAAAAUGACUCGUCUGAAGCUGACUCUCUGCUCAGUGAUGAGAGUUUCAGCUCUGGAAGGAAUUCAAGACAAGGAGAUAGCGAAAAUAACACCCACAGAUCCAGGAGAAAGAAACGGAAGGUUUGUUGGGUUUUUUGAAUAAUCCUCAUCGACUGCUGCCUUUUCUCGAUUGCAACCUCGUCCCUAGGGUUUUCUCGGUUUUUAUUGGUAAACGAGAAGACUGGGGACGAGGUUGAUUCGAUUGAUUGUUAAAAUUAAGUCAGUAAACUUUGCAUUGGUAUUCCAAGUGUUCUUUUAUUGUGAUGUCGAUGUCGGGAAAACUCAAUCAUUCAAAACUGCAUUCUGUACCCUACCAAAUGUGUGCCUAAUAAAAUUUCCUGGUUUAUUUGAUGGGUUGAAAGGGGCAAGGUAUGAUGUGUGAAAACCCGGGGUCGAACUAUAGGAAAGUGUUACGGUUGUAACAUUUGAGAUGGUAACUGACUAUAGUAAACCGGAUAAACGAGGCCAAUGUGUUACUAAAAGGUUGUGGAAGGUAUCUGUUGAUACCAAUCCGCAACCCGCAGAUGUUUUGACGUCGGCACGAUCACUUAGUUAUUCGUUGUGUGAUAACCUUACACUAGAGAGCUUUAGAUUCUAAGACGAGUACGACUACGAGUACGAGAUUCCUCAAUACUAAGUAGUGCUCAAGCGUGAACCAACGUCAUUUUGACGGGAAAAGUGGUAGCCGUCGUCACUCUACUACGAGUUUUGGCGAGAAUGUCGAAGUAGCGGAAACAAGUUAUCAAGUGUUCACUAAAGGUAACUGCUAACUUUUCUAGUGAAAAAUGGUAAGAUGAAGCUUUCUGGGGAGUUUACAUUUUGAGAAUACGUGAAAAAACUUUAAGUAAAAUCUCGUACUCGUAUUCGUUCUCGUCCUUGAAUCUGAAGCUCUCUACUGUGUAGGGUGGUUACAACUUGCUUGUUAGGGGAUAAAAAUCCCCAAGGGUCAUCAAAUGAUACGCGCUACUGAGCAGUAGUAGAUCAAGGAUAACGGAUAAAAGUAUAAAUCGGAACGUUUUCUGUUUUCAAGUUAAAGUGGGUUUAUUACUUCUGUUAAUUAAGUUUAAAGGCAUAGCAUCCAAAGUUUAAUGAGAGGGUGAGAAAGCACUAAACUUGUGUUUACGUUUUGAUUUUGCUCCUUAGAGAUCAUCAGGGAAGAGUGAGAAGAAAAGACGGUAACUAAGCUGUUUCUUGUAUUACUUAAGAAAUGUUUCAGGUGUUUAGAUAUUAAGGGCCUGUUUACAUGGAGGUUGGGGACCCCAGAUAGGUGAGGUAACAUGUGGCGGGUCGCCCCACCUAUCACGUAAACCAUGGUGAUCAAAUUAAGACGAGAGAUUAUAUAGACAGGCGGGUUACCUCACGUACCUGGGGUCCCCCAGCUCCAUGUAAAAAGGCCCUAAGGCUUGAGGAACAUAGCUAGUGCUGACAGAGGCCGCGAGACAUGUAGCCCCUUUUCGUAAAGUACACAGAACUUACGAAAUCGGGAGUUAAAAUCCUUGCAAAGGCACUAACUGGAGGUUUGCUCUGACAAAGUACAGAGAUUUGUAUGAAAUUAUCCACCCGAGCUUUGACCUCGUUUCAGUUGUAUACUCACUGGAGGAAAACUGGGAAAAGGUCUAUUGUGGUGCAUUUUGUCUUGCUCAUGGAGAGGCCUGUCUGUAGCUUCACCUUAGAGCUGUAUUUGUCAGCCUUUCAAAGCCUACAGAAAUUGAAUUCAUAAUACAGACACCGAGGACAUCAUUUGUUUUCCGUUUCGACGGAAAAGGUAUCGGCUUCAGGAAGCAGCUCCUCUGCUUCUCGACCCAGGCACCUGACAUUCUCAUCAUUGUUGCUCUUACAGUGGUGUACAAGGCGAGGAAAGUCUGAUGGUUGAACGCGAAUCCAAAGCUCACUGUCUGUCGAACCUCGCGGAUGAAAAAUGGUAAGUCUUAGCGCCUUGAGGCUUUUUAACCUUAGUAACACUUGAACAUUUAAACUGCAAAGGACCGCAAACGAACAUGCCGCAAAACGCAGGAUCUAUAGAAGAUCUGAUCAGCAAAAAAUAUACCAAGUAGACACAAUGAAUUCUAGGUAGUGUGAUCAGCCUUGCAGAAUUCAGUGUGGCUUCUUUGGUCGUUACAUAAUAUACCAUAGAACACUCGCGAUUAUAUUGUUACAGGGGUCGUACGGGUCAUGGAAAACCUGGAAAGUUAUGAAUUUUAAGAAUUUCAUUUUGCAGGCCUGGAAAGUCAUGGAAUUUAAAUUGUUGGCCAUGGAAAAUUGUGGAAAAUCAUGCUAUGUUUGGUAAAUAGGUUACUUCAGAUGUCAAAGCUGGAUAGAGAUAGAGACAAGUAACUAUAAACGGACACCGGAGUUUGUGUCUAUUGAACUGACUUAAGUCAAGAACUACCCUAAAAUAAGGAAAGUUUUGAAAAUAUUCGAAAGCGAAAGGUAACCCGAAGGUCCUUAAAACUUUGAAAAGUUCAUGGAAAAAGUCAUGGAAAGUCAAUAUAUGUCAUUUGAAAAGUUAAAAAGAGUAGGAACCCUGUGAAACUGGCCAAUUGAUUCAGCUGUUUUUCUUUCUAGGUGUUACAUAGCUUUAAAACGUAACCGCGAUAACCAAAAAGAAGCCGCUGCCUUUUUGAAAAAGAUGAUGAAGGGAGAAGUGACUGCUAAAAGUGCUGUUGACAAUGUCAAGAAUAAUGAAGAGAAACCGGAGGAACAAAGUAUUAAAGAUAUAGGAAAACUCAAACAAGAUACAGGUAAAACGUAUGACCCGUAAUUUUGCGCUGAUUUCUUUUCUCCGAAAAUUAACAAUUGAUGAGAAAAAGCGGAUUUAACUGGGAACUUAGAGUCGUUGCCCUUAAUGCCAAUGUCCGUGUACUCUUUACGUUUCAACCUUUCCACUGAAAAUCAAUAAUGAAGGUACGUGUAUCAAACUUCUCGGCAGUCUGCAGACAAAAUCCUAUUAGUUUUACCGUUCAUUUGCUGAAACUUAGGGCAUUUCGAACACGCAAUGUCAUCGUCUGUCACAAAUGUGAAGAAUUUCGUUUAGCGCCGCUGCCACAGUGGUAUGGACAUCCCCGGGUUUUGGGCAUCCUUAUUGUCAAAACCCCUUGUGAUAUGGCAUCCUCUGUAACCCUAACCCUAACCCUAACCCAAAUCGCUAAGGUAUUAUGAGAAGGGGAUGCCCAUACCACUAGAGGUUUGGGAAUGGGGAUGCCCAUGUCACUGUAACACCGCAAUGGCUGUUGACUGCGCGAAAGCUCUGGGGACGAGGUUGGACUUAGAUCCUAUCUCAAUCCCGCUAACACUUAAUCUGAUUCUUGUAGAGUCGAAUAUUUAAGUAAUUACACCUGUGGAGUCUGUGGACGAAAUCCAUUUUGACACUAUUCAGUUAUCCAUCUUUUUGUGUACUCUCUAAUGAUACUAUUGUUUCCGAUGAUAAUACACCCACCCACCUUGGGAGUGGAGUGAAAUUGUUAUGAGACCUUUACCUUUCCCAAUUUUUCUUCUCAGAUGAAGAAGAGAAGAACGUCAGUCAAAGCAGUGAGUUCGAUUUUGAUGAAGUGGACGAGUCAUUCUGUCAGAAAAUGCGAGAUAACACGGCUGAGGACAGAACUGAAGAUGAGCGCUUAAACAUGCCAAGUUUGACAAAACAAGGGGAUGAAACUGAAAAACAGAGCUCUAACAAGGACACUGAAGAUAAUAGCGUGAAUAUCAUUGACUUGACAAGUGAUGUUGAACUUGAAAGCGAAGGCUGUUCAACUAAACAAGACAGUGACUUACAAUCAGGUUCUGAAAAGCAACAGAAUCCGCAGUUGAAACUUGAACCAGAUUCUGAGAAAACACAGAGUCAUACUCAAGCGGAUGAGAAGGUGGACAAAACUGUUCAAAAAGUCGAAGUCUUGAACACGGACACCGCUCCUCCGCUUAUUUCUGCGGAAGAUCUUUCCAAACUCGCGGCGCAAAAUCCAACAGUGGCGGACGAACCGCCGGUUUUAAUAAAAAUGAAUGUGCCUUCUCGGCGCGUGUCAAACUCCCUCGAGGACAUGAUUUCGCGGUUAAAGACGCGCGUUCUUACCACCCAGCCACCUUCUUCAGACUCCAGUCUGAAUGGCGGUGAUGAGCAGUUGCUUGGAGACGUUAUAGACAAGCGCUCUUCUGAUAAAUCUCCUGAAAGUACGGAAAAUCCUUUUGGUGUAACAGUAGAACCCAUUUCGGAUGCGUCGUCCCCAGAGACUGAGAAUUUAGAGUCUUGCCCUGCCUCGCCGGCUAGUUUGCGCUCGGAUGUUUCAAAGACAGAGUCGUUAGACCGGAAGUCAGAGAUUUCAACCGCAAGUUCUCGGCGCAGUGGUGGAAUGUCUUCGAAGCCGCCGGCGAAAAAGUUUAAAAGUGAGUGACAACUUAAACCGUUUUCUUAUUUUUUAACCCUAGCACCAUCAGGAAUAAAAGUCCCAAAACGUGCCAUAUGUAGUGAAAUACGGUUAUUGAAGUGAUUGUCAUUAGAAAACGAAAAUAUGCAAGUUCUUUUAUGGGUGCAUUAGGAUAUGCACGAUCUGUUAUCUAGAGUUAAGUAAGUUACAGUCUCUCUAGCAACUGUUUUUCAUUUCGGCUAGCAACCCCUAUACAUAGAAGUACCCCUAUCAUAUCUUCCUAUCCCCUAUCACCUUCCCUAUCUUCGUCGUUAGGGUUUCUCACUUUGGGAGGCGUAAAGUAGCGACACAGUACUUGCGGAGUCGGGUUGGAUAAAUUUCAAACCUACGUAUUUGAACCAACAAUAAGCCGUUUUCGUAUUCAAUGUAAUGAACUGGAAGUAACCAAGGGAAUGGUAGUACUUUCUUCCUCAGUAAGACCUAACCUGCAAUCAUGCUCUUCCUAUAUCUGAUCUUAGUAUAUCUUUUCUCCUUUUUCUCCUGUUCUAAAAAAACGCAUAAUCGCAGGUUAAGUAAGAGCCUGAGUAUUGACCAGCUUCCCUCCGGAAUCGGACUCAAGACUUCCCCCUCCUCAGUCCAGCUCCCAACCAACUGGACGAAUUCAGUCGCGAUCACGGAUGCAGCCGAGACCGUUUCCAGCAUACAAAUUUAUUGAAAGAAAAGAAUACCUUUACAUAAGAAAAGACUUCUACGACCACAUGACUUGUUUGGAACACCAGCAUGGCCGCCGUGACGUCAUGUGAAAACGCCUUAUUAAUAAAAUGUUUCCUCAACUGAGUCGCCCUUGGUAGCUAGUUUCACGUUAUUCCCUUGAAUACAAAGGUGGCCUCUUGUUAACGUAUGCAUUCCCAAAUGAAAUAAUCCAUAAAUGUUUUAUGUCUCGCAGGUAACAAUCCCAAGAUCCACUAUUCUCGCUCUCAGCCAAAGCCCACCUCCACCAGUCCUUCAAUCAAAGCCUCACCAAACACUCCCUCGCCCUCACACCCCUCUCUGUCACGUCAGUCCUCGUCCAGCAGCAAGAGAAUGAGCACGAGGUCAAUGUUUGGAGAAGAGCACUGCUACGUCAUCGAUGCAAAGGCUUAUGGGAACUGUGGCAGAUAUUUAAAUGUAAGUGCCAGUCUAAUUGUUAUCGUCGAAAAAGCUCAUAUAUAGGUCAUACAUAAAACAAGGACAUUGAAAACAAGUAAUGAUUACCAUUUGUGGCGUAAAAAUAUCGCCGUUUAGUGACAGUUGCAGUUGCAGUCGCAGCAUCCUCGGAGACCAGGGGCAGUCAUUCGGGUCGGGAGAAAAGAAGAACGAUCGAUCAUACUGAAAUUUUGUUCCGACUCACCGAUUGCGAUACGGGCGCCACUCCAUAAAUAGACCCUUGAAAAGACUGAUUUCUACGCUUUAUAGAUACAAUUCCUGGGUACCGACUGUCACCGGACCAUUUCCAAAAAUUCAAGCGGAGCCGGCUCCUGAUUGGGCACAAAAAAUGCUUUGUAUUAUUGUGCUCAAUCGGCGAACACAUCUCAAUGAGUUCUUUUCGUGUGUUCGUAAAUGACGGCUAUUGUCUCGAUCACGGCUUGUCUAGCUUAUGCACCAAAGAAAUGCACGCAGUCAGGAAACUUUCAGUUUGAUAUAAAAUCCCCAUCUGAUCCAACUCGCUUACUUUGUCAAAUGCAAGGGAACUCUUUCGAACCAUAUCAAAGUUCAUGAAGAGAAUGAAUUUGUUAUUGCUUGUUUACUCCUUCGCAAAACGUGAAGUUAGGCAUUUUCACGGGUAGUCGUGCAGUACAAAAAAGCGUGAUGCACGUGCAAAGUUGUUGUUUUGCCUUGUCAAGCUAUUACUUAUUUGAAUUUCUCAUCGCCACCGCAUCUUAAUUGUGAUCCUUCAAAAACAGAAUAUUCUCGGGGCAAAUUCAAUUGCUCUUGCUGAUAGUAACCCAAACGUUUUCUCAACUCAUCGGUAAUUCCUUUGUUUCUGGUUAGGAACUAGAAAAUAAAAGUUUCCCUUGUACGCACAAGCUUGGUGAACGAACCAGGCAAGUGUGGUGAGACAAUAGCCGUCGUGUACGAACUCACGAAAAGAACUCAGGAGCAACUGUUCGCCGGUUGGGCACAAUAAUACAAAGCAUUUUUUGUGCCCAAUCAGGAGCCGGUAUCAGCUUGAAUUUUUGGAAAUAGUUCGGUGAAAGUCGGUACCCAGGGGCUCUUCCGCACUUACUUGAAAACUUUCGCCCCGCCUUUUUUCCCGACCCGACUGACUGCCCCUGGGUCUCCGAGGAUGCAGUCGUAGUCAUCACUUUAGAAACGAGAGAAAAAACUGGGUCGAGUUAACCUUCGCAAAGACUUCUGGGAAAAGAAAAUAGCCAAUAGCUGACCGGCGUGUCUCCAGUAACGAUCCCAGAAACAAUUGCGGUAAUUGCAGUGUUCCAGUCGCCUUCUCGUUUCUAAAGUGGCGAAUUAGUAUUGACCACUCCAGAAAAUACCAUAACAUAACAUAAUGCUCUUUGUUUGUCUCCCCAAAAUUUUACAUAAGCAUUGUCUUCAUUUUCUCUUGGGAGUUAAAAUGGCCCCAAGAGAGACUGAAAACAAUGCUUAUGCAAAAUUUUGGGGUGACAAACAAAGAGCAUUAUGUUAUGUUAUGGUAUUUUCUGGAGUGGUCAAUUAUUUUGUAUAGAGUGUUUUCACUCACGUGGCUAGCAUCUAUGCAAAUGUAUUGGAACAAAAGAAAGCGUUUGCAUAAGAAAAGAGUUCAACUCCCAGAGGAUUGGUUUGGGACACCAACAUGGCCUCCGUUUCAUUGUUUUGGGACACCAAUAUGGCCGCCGUGACGUCAUGUGAAAACACUCUAUACCUUGUACUAUCUGUCUUUUCAUUGGCUAAGAGCAUGCAGUUAAUUUUUUUGGAAGUCAGCGCAACCUACAGAUUAGUUAUUUAUCUGCUAUCAGUGACUAAUCUGCAGGUUGCGCGAGUAAUGCAUGAUUUCCAAGAGCAAUGUCAAAGUGUGCUCCAUGCUAUGCUGUGUUUGUCCAUAUUUUCUUCAAAAGAAUGUAUAGUAAAACAAUUAUUAGAUUCGAAUUUUGUGAUAUUCGGAAUAAUCAAAGUCUCGGUUAGAGUUAUCAGCCUCGUCCUUCGUCUCGGCUUUGUUUAUUGUUUAUUGUUUUGUUUGCCAAAAAUUAAACAAAUCAAAUAAAAUCUAAUUACCUUAACUCUCAUGGCGAGGAAGCCCAAGAGAAGCCACCGGGCUUAUAAGGAAUGGGCUCCCUCAGUUAGAUAAUUAGAACAAAAUAUUAUCAUAAUUACACACGGAAAAUCAAUGGCAGGGCUACAGUAAAUCUUAAAAUAAGUAUAUUAGAUAGUCGUACUAAUCAUAGUUCUAGGCUAAAAAAAGCGAAAUGACAAAAAGAAAAAAAAAAACAAAAAAAAAGAAAAUAAAAGAGCAAAGGAAGAAAAAAAAAUACAUACAUAUAUAUAUAUAUAUAUAUAUAUAUAUAUCAAUUACUAUUUAUGAUAAGAGGAGUGCUUUCAGCUUACAGCAAAAGGAAGCGGUACUUGUUGCAUUUCGAAUUUCAAAACUAAGAGAGUUAAAAAAUUUAGGACCUUGGAAACUGAUGGAGAACUUUCUUAUAUUAGUCCUGCGUUGUGGUAAAUAAAAAUGCUCCGAACUUCUAGUGCCAUAAGAAUGCACCUGGCGUGUCACCAGAAACAUAAGCCAGAUCUGUAUUGAUACAUAAAUUUUCCUAUUUGAAGUUUGUAGAUACUCUCAAGAUUCAGAAUUUUUAAAUUUUUAAAUAAGGGGUCAGUGUGAGCAUCGAAAGCACUCCUCGACGUUAUUCUUACGACCCGUUUUUGAAGUGUGAUUAAUCUUCUGAGAUUUGAUGGGUAGGUCGAUGCCCAGACGCUCACGCAGUAGAAUAACACUUACCUUGAUUAUUCCGGAUAUCACAAAACCUCAUCCAAUAAUUGUUUAGUAUUAUUACUAGUAAUAUUUACGUUUUUCUCAUUAGCCUUCAGGUGAUUUUAAUCAUGUAAUUUUAUGAAACUAAUCGAGUCCGUCCGUGCCUGUCUUCACAGCAUAGCUGCUCGCCAAACCUGUUUGUUCAGAACGUGUUCGUGGAUACUCACGAUCUCCGAUUUCCUUGGGUAGCUUUUUUCACUCAACAGUAAGUUUGUUUUUACUUUACUAUAACUUUACUGGUAAUGUGUGGUUGUGGUGGCCCAAGAGAGCGUUUUACACAUGACGUCAUAUUGACCAUGUUAGAGGAAGACGACGGCAACGCGAACUGUCAAAAGGCAAUUGUUUUAUUGGUCAAAACAACAGCUCUGCACGUGCAUCACGCCUUUUUAGUACAAUUCCCAGACGUCCACUGCAAGGCAACUAUGUGGAAUUUGCCAAUGCAAGUUUUGUCUUUUAAGAAGGAAGUAAACACAUGACGAUGAUUUUUUCUUUUUCUUUUUGAACUUGGAUAGAGUCCAUGAGAAUUCGACUCCGGUGAAAAUCGCCCAUAGUUAAAAAAUUUAGCGACGCUAAAUAAAAGCGAGUUUGAAAGAACGCAAAUUCGUUUUUUAAUGGCGCUUUCACGGCCGUUGUCGACGUGGUUGCUUAAGCUCCCAAACCAGUCCUGUGAGAGUUGAACUUUUUUUGCUUUCAUUGUAAGAAAUUAACAUAUCUGUUGGUCAAGUGACAGAAAAUGCUGUGUAUUGGUAUUUUUUGAGGUGCUGUCUAUUUUUGUUCCUUUAAAGGGUCUACCGAAACUUCAAAUUUACAAAAACGAAAGUUUUUAUUCACAGAAAUCACGCCACAGAACAAAGUAUAUUCUCAUGCAUUAUAGAUUAGAUAGAUAUCCGUAGCUUUUCAUGGUCACCCUAAUGCAAUCCGUUUUAAUCGUGAGUUAGUUUUUUAUCCUAAAUGCCAGUUUUUUUUAAAUAUUCUUUUUUUGUCUUGCUUCGGUUAUAAUGGGCUUUUUAAAUAUUUUUGUCAUUUCCAUAAACAGUCGGUAAAUAUGGGUUACUAACCAUGCUUGACGUCAAGAUGGCUGGAUGAUGGCCAAGUUCCUUUUUCGUCUUGUUCUAAACGCAAAAACAAAAAUGAGGCCAAUAUUUAGCAAUCGUUACGAAACAAUCUUGGUCAAUAAAGAAGUUAUUUUAUAUUUGAAACGAAAUCUUUUCCCUCUCCUCAAAAGCCAACAUUUCCAAAUUCCAAUUUGACCAGUAAUCAGGUAGACGAAGAACCACUUAUUGGAUGUGCUACCGCAAAAUCUUUAUUUAUUUAUUUAUUUAUAUAUUUAUUUUUAUUUUAUUUACCGGGGAUUCUUUAGUUAAGCUCUUUUAUCGAAGCAGUAUAACUUGCGUAACACUUCCCCAUUCUUCCUUCAGGAAUGUGCCAGCUGGAACCGAGCUGACCUGGGACUACGCUUACGAAGUGGACAGCGUCAAGGGCAAAGUUCUACACUGCUACUGUGGGUCAGCGGAAUGCCGCGGAAGACUACUAUAAACCUAAUAUGUCUUUGUUCAGUGGAGAAACUCCAUGAAAUCGAGACGCUGGUUUCUUUUUUAUGUUAGGCAAAGAAACAAGAAUGAGUCACAGCAAACUGCAAAGAGUACGGCUCAUACAUUAGGGACUAUGGGUCGUUUAAGAACCCAUGCAACGCCUUAUCAGUUAUUCGCCCAGACAUUUUCGUGACGUUCCCCCGACAUGGGCUGAGCCUGGACAAGAGUAGUUUGUUUGGGCCUUUUGGGAUUUCCGCACGUUGAAAGGAUUUUUCCGAGUUGUUUUCGUUACUGUUACAUUGACGAAUGAAGGCAACGAGAGGUUUUCCACUGAUUUCUUCAUUCACUCUUUGCCUAUAAGGAGGAAGAGGAAGACAAAAAAUGUGAACUGCCUUUUCCACACUUGGUGUUAAAUGCAUCAGACGUUUUAACAGACAUCCAGCACCAAGGGUUAAUUCAAUAAGCCGUUUACAAGUGUACUCUACAAAUGUGGCUAUUGUUUUUAAACUCUUCAACUGUUGCAACACUUGUCGUUUUGCUGGUAAAAGAUUUAUUGAAUUGACUCUAAGAAAUAGAUUUAUUACAGAAAGAGAUGUGAUACCCUUUUUCGUAGUUAGGAUAUCUAAUGAUGUAGUUUUCCGAGUGUUUGAUGCAGCUUCUCAAAUAAUCAGUAUUUUUUAGAGAUUUAAAAUCAAAAGUUAGCGUAAUGAAGAUAAAAUUCUUCAUCCCAGAAAGUGUAGGGGGAAUGAGCACAGGCAUUCGGUGGAACGACCAAUCAUAACUAACGCUUGUCCACCCAAACGAUCCCAAAAUCAUUGCCCCAAAGGCUUGUACCCAUUCCCUUAUAGUUUCUGGAGUGGGGAAUAGCGGUGCCCUUAUCCUUAAGCUCAUUAACACAUGCUCAUCUCCCAUAAUGCACCUUAUUUGCCCCCCAACAUUUUGCAUAAGCAUUGUUUUCAACUUCUCUUGGGACGGCUGAAAUAUCUAGGAGAAGUGAAAAACAAAGGUUAUGCAAAAUUUGGUGGGGGGGAGGGGUGGGGCAAAUAAGGUGCAUUAUGGGAGAUAUGCAAGUGGCGUAUGGCGGAUUGUGGGUCACGUGGCUCAUACCCAGGCGCCAGGGACGUGAGAGGUAAACACAGUUUUUUCGUUCAACUUAGCUUGUGGUAAAUUACCCACGUUUCCUUUUAACCCUUUAGACCCUAAGAUCAAAAUUUGAAUUCUCAUUCGUUGCCCCUAGUCAUUUCCUAUAGAAGUAGUGGGGAGAAGUUGAUAAAAUAUCAAGCAAAUUCAUCUUGUGUGGUCAAGUCCGUAAUUCUCAUGACCACUCUGUUUUACAAAGCAUGGAUAUUACAAGGAGAUAUUUGAUGCUGAUCACUCUUAGGGCUUAAAGGGUAAAUAACUGUAUGUCAUAUGAAAUGCAUUUUCUUGCCUUUUUGACGGGCUCUAUCACGAGUUGUUCUUGACGAAGUGCGUCAUUUGAGGGCGUAUUAGUGAUUGGCUUAGCUUAAAUCGUAUUUUAAUCCUAGCGCAGUGACAAACAUCGUCUUCGUUUUCAUUCACAUCUUAUGAUUUUUGUUUUGUUUCUGUUCGGUAACCAUGCAGUUCCGUCUCGAAUUUCUGUUUUAUUACGCUUUUUAACGAUUUAAACGUUUUUAUCUCAUUGCAUAUGUUCUGUAAAUCCUUAUAUUUGAGUUUGUACUGCUCGCAUGUUUGUGAAUAAGGUAUGACGUCACUGUAAUAUCGAGUGAUAAGUGUUUUUCAAUUACUGGAAGAACCUCCUUAGCCUUUGACAAUUUAAAAGUUUACGAAAAAAAUUCCUCGUGUUUGUAAAAACAUGAAUUCGAUUUGUACUGGCUAGUUUAGGAUAUAUUGUGAUGUUGUAUUUUUGGAUGAAAUGAUGGAGUCUGUCUCGCUUCAAAGACAACCCGAAAUUUAUUAAUCAGUAAAG